GUGUCCCAAAGUCAAUCUCAGUCCCUCUCGAUCGAUGUGGUUUUGGUGGGUAGAAUCUAAUGCCGACCUGCAACUCCAGAGAUGCUUCACGGGAUAUAAACUAGGUUCCAGGCAUUCAAAAAUCCUCGAUUAGCCUACCAGGCUUGGCUUUAAAACAAAAUUGUCACGAAAAUGUCACGAAAGGUACAGCCGCGUACUGUUUUGUUGCUAUCAGCCGCUCGGCCGAGUAUAAACCUAACAUUUUCUUGCAAGAAGUUUCAUUCCAGCUUUUUUCUUCGUAAAACAGAUCCACAGAGCUCAAAUUAUUUAAAAAAUCGCAGGGCAUACGCUUUCCCUGACUACGAUCGUUUUUGUCCGCCAUUUUGGAAAUGAGAUUCCGCUGGCAAUUAAUCACGGGCGCGAAAUGUCCACUAUUUCUGGCAAUGGGUUGACUCAAACUCAGAAUACAAAUGAUCGCAGUAAUCAAGUCGCGUUCAUGUGUUUAUGUAUGGCGUGACGCGGACAAAACACCGACCCCCGAUCUACUAACCCCCUACCAACCUCUCCUCCCCAUAUGGUUCACUGGUGUGCACAAUCUCUUAAUCUUUUCCCUUAGCCUGCAAAGCAGGUGUUAUUUGUAAUGCGAUCGAUUUGGACGUUUAAAGUAAAUGAGAGUUGUAGCGAGACAAAAAGUGAUUCCAAGGGAGAACCUCUGGAUCGCGCUUUUAAGAACAAAAAAAACGCCUGCUCUGCAGGCUACUUUUCUCUCAACUCUGACAACUCUCCCAGAAUUUAUUAUUUCAAAAUUGUUUGUAUAUGUUUAUCCUUCUUGUAUGUAGGGACAACUUGGGUACAAGAAAUUGUUUGGCAAAUCUACAACGAGGGAGCAAUCAGCAGCGAAAAGCUACUGUUUCGAUUCCCAUUCCUUGAAGCAAGGGCCUGCAAUGCUAACGAAGAGCUGUUAAUUGACUUUAAGUCUUUACCAAGUCCUCGUCUGAUAAAGUCCCACCUUACCUACAGCACUAUCCCGAAAAGUGCCGACGAAGCUGCUCGAUGUAAAUAUAUUUACGUUGCUCGCAACCCAAAGGAUGUGGCAGUGUCAUAUUUUCAUUUCAUGGAACAUUGGAAAAAGAUUGGCGUAAAUGAUUUCAGUGGACCAUGGGAAUUUUGUUGCAAGUUGUUCAUAGAGGGAAAUGGUAAGUUAGUCAAAUUUAUCAGAUAUGAUAAAUUAUUUUAUCGCAGUCAAACAGAGCCUGAGCACUUUUUCUUAUACGGGAAGGAAGGGGGGGUCUUCUCAGGGUUUGAAACGCUGAUCCUGUUUAGGACAAAACAAUCCCUAAGUGCAUACCCUGUUUAGCUCCUGCUAAACUCUUUUCAACACCUUGGCUUGCUUAAUCCAAAAUAAUCUCGCAAACAUUCUCAAAAUCGUGCGCCGUGCAUGUUGAACGAAAUAAAGAAAAACAGGUCUUGGAGGAGGCCAUCCAUAGUCGUUACGUCAAGUUGCCAUGGUAGCAAAAUUUCUGGAUCUCAACAAAUUGUGGUCCUUUCUGUGCAUCGCUGCACUCAGGAACAAAAAGGGUUCCCCAUACUUUUCUUCUAUCGUUGGACAAUUGAAAUUAUGGCCGCCUCAGUCAAAAAAGACUGUUGAGAUCCAGAAAAAUUGCUACCAUUGGUAAGGUGACGUCACUCUUCUCCUGUCUAUAGUUCAUGGGCAAAGAACAAUCACAGCACGCGUAAUAUUCACCACAUUGUAUAAUCUAUACAUAUAUGGAUAUGACGCACGUCCUAACGUGGCUUUGUAUGUGUGAAUAAUAGUUGGCUAUAACGUUUGGAAUGACCAUGUUCUUGACUGGUGGAAACACAAAGAUGAUCCUAAUGUCUUGUUCCUCAAAUAUGAGGAUUUGCACAAGGUAUUGUUUGCAGUCACACUUCCCUUAUAUUACUAGAUAAAUGUAAAGGCAUGAUAUAUGGCUAGUUUGAUAAUUGGGAAGUCACUACUGUCUUUUGGAGGAGUUUUCGCAGUAAUUUCACCUAUCCACCUGGACUCCGAUUGCUUUUCCUUUAUCCCCUGCUUGUUACAUCAUGAUUUUGAGACUGGUCACUCUCAGAUUAAUGCUAAAAUCAAUUACACAACUUUAAAAAUAAUAAUAAUAAUAAUAAUAAUAAUAAUGAUAAUAAUGGAAACUCAAUUUGUGUUUUGAAUGUACAAUUGAAAAUCUCGCCACGUAUAGGCAAUUUACAAAUGUUGCUUGAGAUUGGAUUAUUCAAAAAAACAAAACAGAACAAAACAAAACAAAAAAAAAAAAAGAAAGGAAAACAAAAGAAAUCAAAAUUGCAUUAAGACUGGGCUAUCCCAAUUCCUAUUUCUACAGCAAAAGAUGUAACAUGUUUCUCUUAUGACUAUAUUUAUCAUUUUCUUGAUUAUAUAAAGUUGCUUCUUUUUGUCAACGCCAAUGUCAUUCAUCAUGUCUAAGAACGUGGAGCAUUCAUCGCAGAAAACGCCAAUGGAGCUCAUGGAGAGAUUUACAAAUUUCACACAUCUGUAAUUUGUACUCAUUUCGUUGAUCAAGUUCAGAUAAUAAUAAUAAUAAUGAUAAUAAUAAUGAUAAUAAUAAUAAUAAUAAUAAUAAUAAUAAUAAUAAUAAUAAUAAUAACUAACUUCUUUCUGUAUAAGAAUGCUGGGCCUCCUCACACGUAAUGAACACCAUUACGACUUCUCUCCUGCUAGGAUUUAUCGUCCCAUGUACGAAUGAUUGCAAAUUUCCUGAACAAGCCGCUGUCAGAUGAACUCAUCACUCGUAUUGCAGAGCAAUGUACAUUCAAGGGAAUGAAAGACAAUGAAGUCAGUUACAGAAGGGAAGAGAAUCAGAGUUCGCCUUUGUUACGAAAGGGCGAAGUCGGAGGUUGGAAAAGUUAUUUCACUCCAGAAAUGAAUGAGAGAUUUGAUAAGGAAAUGUUGGCAAAACUGAAAGGAACUGGACUGGAGUUUGAUUUUGAGAAGUAGAACCGUUUUAAAAGGAGUAACACGUACUAUAAACUUCCUUCUAUAAUAUCCAAGCAGUUAAUAGUUUGAUUUGAUGUCUCUAUAAUAUUAUUUUAAUGUUCGUUUGUUCGUUUACAGAAAUUGGGGCAAAAUGGGAAAUCCCACUCUAACAUACAAAGUCACGAAAUAAAUGCAAUUGUCACACAGGAAUGCUCGGGGCACUAAAAUUUCUGGCUGUCGGUCCCCGAGCUUUGGUUAAGAGACAUUGUUCCGAACUGUGAUCCAGUUUAUUAAUUCAUAUUAGAAGAAAGAAGGUGAAGGGUGCAAGGUGAGAGAAGGGUGGGGUUAAGGUUCUGUGUUUCAUUUAUCCGUUUUCCGUUUUGAGUUUUCGGUUUUCUGUGGUCUGUUUUCUUUUGAUAUUUGCUGAUUUUGUUUCUGUUGUCUUCCUGUUGGCCGUUUCCUGCUUUCCCCAGUUUUCACUUUGCUGAUUUUUAUUUUCUGUUUCCGUUCCUGUUUGCCGUUUUCUUUUCUGUUUUCCGUUUUGCGCUUUCUGAUUCGUAUUUUCGGUGUUCUGUUAACCCGCACACGACAACAACAACAACAACAACAAUUGAGCAAAUCUAUAGAGUGAGUAUUCCAGCGUUCCGGAGUUGCAGCGUUAAUCAGCAUGUCACAUCUUGAUCACGCCAUCGGCAACAAUAGCGCAGCGUAAGAAUGACGCCAGAGUGUUAUGCAAAUGUUGGGAGUUGUUGCGUCCGUUUGCACGUAGCUAAAGGCCCCGUUUGUUUGGAGACAAUUCGUCCCGGGCAAGACCGGAUCACCCUCCCAGUAGAGUCAACUUCAGCGAGAGUUAUUAUGAGAAAAAAGUUGUCCCCUUUGCCCGAGCCAGCAACGCUUGCGCAUGCUCUGAUUGUCUCGCCUUGAACGAGUUGACCCGGCUGGGCGGGACAAAGUGUUAAUAUGGAAAAAGGUUGACCCCGCUAGGGAAGUCACCCUUCUAGCCCAGACAAUUUUUUUUGCUGGUAUAAAUAGUCCGCCAUGUAAAGAAAUGUAAGAAACGUUAGCUUGCCUAGGGUAGCUCGGGUAGGCGAGUGACCCUUCUACCCGGGAUAGCUUUUCUCCGUAUAUACGGGCCCUAAACUGGCAGUAAUCGGUAAUUAAUAAUUAGUUCCUUUGGAUCGAAUUGCCGUUGCAGAUGAAUGUCACCAAAGUGGGGAAGAUUGUACGAUUCAGUGAAAUUUGGGGACUAGUUCAAUCAGAAAAAUGGGUUUGACAGAUUCACGUUCAUUUUUUAUUAACCCUCGGACGUACACGCAAAGUCAUACCCCAUCGUGGUACAAGGGGGGGAGGGGGUUGAUGGAACCUCCCCCGUUGAAUUUUUGAUAUGUUGCGGUUUUUCGAAACGACUUUGCCUUCAGUGGAAAGCCUUUGAUCUUCUCUACAAGAUGAGGUAUAUUUUAUUGGUAGUGGCCCUGCUGGUGGUCUUUGACGUAACCACUGAAACAUGGUCGCCAUCUUGGAUUUUAUCAAGAAUUAAACAUCAGGUAAAAACGGUGAAAAUUAAUAAUUUUUUGCACUUAUCAUGUAAACAUAUUACUCAAUGGGUUCAAGGCCUGGGUGAAAGAUGUGUUCUGAGCAUAUGAAUAAUUGACAUUAGUAUAUACACACUCAGUGAUCUUGGUGAUUUAAGCAAUCUGAUUGGUUCGCUAUCUCGGACUAUUCAACAAUAUUCACCUCCUAGCGAGUGGAUAAUGUGUGAGCUCGGUGUUUUUCCCGUUUUUUUUAGAGAACGAUCUUUUAAAAGUCGACAAAAUCCUAGGGCUGACUUUUUUAAAGGCAAGAAAAGACUUGGAAGGAUUGAAUACGGCGUUUUUCAAUUUACUGUAGCAGGAGUUUUGUGCUCGAUGGAUUGUUUACAACUCCCGUGUAUUCGCGUAGAAGAAGCCGUUUCGUGAACUCAGCGUUUUCUAAGAAGAAAAUUUUGGCUCAAAAAUCGAAGUUUAUUUAUGACAAACAAAUUUAAAAGGAAAUGUUUGCAGAAAUUCUACAUUUCAAGUAAACAGGAAAAAGAAUGAUACAGGAAGACGACCUCUUACCUCGAGCAACCGAGCCGCUAUUUUUGUCAGCACUUCAUGCGAAGAACGACACAACAUGCCCUUUUGGCUAUAAACUUGGCGAGUCAACAGAAAACAACACAGCUCUACUUUUUUUCUCAGGUAAGGAAACAGUUCAAACUUUUAGCGAUUCCAUUGAAGCCAUUACGCUGUUGUUUGCGAAAUGAGUAAACUUGUGAAUUGCCAUGUUUGAAAAUUCUGCAAAGAUCUAUUUUUAAACUUACGCGUGAUUUGAUCUGUCAAUCAAAUCCUACUUUUGAAUGGUUUCCUUUCUGAUUUUGUUGAGAUCACUUCGUGUGUAUAUACUAAAACAAUUAUUCUUCUCAAUCUCGGUGAAUAGUGGCUUUGGGAAUAUUUACCUCGCCGCUUUCGCGGCUCGGUAAAUAUUUUGCCACUAUUCACCUCGAUUUCAAAGAAUAAUUGUUAAUUAGUAAAAUCCAACUAUUAUAACUAUUAUAUAACUAUUAUCAAUGCUGCGUUCUGAUUGGUUGAGCUACUACUAGGCUAUAUGUUAUAGCCCACUAGUAGCGAAAAGCGCGGGCUUUUUGGCGGCAAAAAGGAUUAAAGUCUAUCUUUAACUAGCUAAAUUUUUUUUUUAUUCUCGAUAUUUUUGACCAAAUAGUUGGAUUUUACUAAAACAAUUAUUCCUCUCGCCCUUAUGGCCUCUGAGUCAGUAGCCCAUUCGGCCCGUUCGGCUUCAUGGGCUAUUGCCUCAGAGCAUUUGCAUUUCUUUUGAGCUGUAAAAGAGCUGGAUUUUGCUGAUUGUUAAUCACCUUAAGACAGCAGUGUGGUGAUUAACUUAACCCUGGCCUCAAUUUUCAGACCAAUUUAGGUCCCCAGGAAACUGCCCAAGUACUCCUUCCGUAAGCCAUCAUUUUGCCCCGAUUAAGUGAGAGUAGAAUUAGUAAUUGUUAUCAUUAUUCAUUCAAAAUAUUUCUCAGUUUCUGAUUGGCUAAAAUACAAGGCAUAAUUCACCAUAACCAGCUAUUGUAUGCCAUAUUGAACCGAUGACGUCAAAAGUGCAGCAAAGUUGCAGAUUAUUGAACCGUUAACCGAGAAGUCCGGGGAACGAGGUUGAGUUGUUUUAGCAGUGACAACAAAAAUGGCGGACAUUUCGCUCGUUUCACUGAGAAGAAAUAAGCGAACUAUUGGCUUAAAACAUAGCAAGAACAGUAAGAAGACAACUAACCUGCGAUCCGGGUGUCAUUCUUCUUAGAAGACAACUCGAAGGGUGACAUCAGCUGCUAUUUGGAGAAUAUUUACGUAGGUGAACAACUCUUUAGUUCCUAAACUUGCCGAUUAACGUGCACUAUCGAAGAAGCCGAAGAUAAACUGGAAAUCGAUGGGAGGUAAGCACCUUUAAGCUUGUUUUCAAACUAGGAAUUGUUUUGAAUGAAUUAUUAUAAUAAAACAAUUAUUGAAUUCGGCUUUCGUAUCAUCUGAACUUCAUGGAGAUCUCAGAGGGUGCCGUUAUCCGGCCUCGGCGGAUAACACCCUCCUCGAUCUCCAUAAUUCUUCAGAUGAUACAAAAGCCGAAUUGAGUGACUGUUAAAUAUUGGCUUAGGUUAGGGGUAGGUGACCAGUUUCCGAGAAACCUAAAAUUGGUCACCGAUUUUUUUUUUUCAAAUCAGGUCUGUCAGUGCGACUGUUCUAAUUGCAAUAUAAUUCUCAGAAGAAUAUGAAUUUAAGCUUAGGUAUCCACGAUUUUCUCAGUCAGUUUGCCUGUAAAAUAGAGGGUCAAAAUGGCAUUAACCGUCAAAAAGGAAAAUUUUUUACGUCAACUGCCAAAGACAAUAGAGAGAUUAAGAUUCACAUUUACGCCAAACGACAAACGUCAUAUUCAUGUUAAGAAUUCCUCCGAAUAGAAAAUAAGCAGAUAAAAAAAUAAGUAUAAAACUGGCGUGAAACUACUUAUUUUUUAGUUGAAGUAAUAAACACUUGUCGACAAUUAAGGGAAACACUUGGUCACGUGGUACAGAUUCACGUUUGCCGUUUGUCGUAAACGUGAAUCUUAAUCUCUCUAAUGUUGACAUAAUUUUUUAAAGGCCGGCCAGGUCUGAAAACGGGUAUGGAUUUUAAAGGCUAGGUCUGAAAAAAGAUGUGGAAACGGGUGUUUGGUCUGAAAGCGGGUCAGGCGUGACUUGGAAAACCGGCCGGAACCCCCGCACCAGGAAUUCCCAGGAGUAACCCCCCUCGGGUUAAGACCUAAGAUGUAAACCACUAUAAAAUUCCUUAUAGAGCAGUCCCUAAUAGAUUGAUUAGAUGUUGCGAUAAUAUUAAAUUAAAGUUCCUCGGUUCGUUUACAGAAGAAAGUUUUAAACUUUUGCAUGUCAUAAAAAAACAAUUUUUUUAAGAGGUAGAAUAUGGGUUAAUUUAGCAAAGUGCGUCUUUGUGCUUAAAUUUGACCAGGGUUGUAGUCUAGUUGUUCCGAACUUUUGGAAUGACCAUGUUCUAGGCUGGUGGAAACAUAAAGAUGAUCGCAAUAUCUUGUUUCUAAAAUAUGAGGAUUUGCACACGGUAAUGUUGCGUUAUCUCGAUCUCGCAGCGGUGGAGUUUUUUCAACUGAUCUGAGGCCUAUUAUAUAUUUAUAUCUGUCUAAAUACGGUAAAAAUUGGCCACUAGGUUUUCGCCUGGUGUCGAGGGAUGGAUCAGGCCUGGGGGCAGAACUAGGGGGGUAAGGAGGGGGCUAUUUUGACACAACCCCUUCAGUAAGCAGCACUGUUCACUAGAGGCUUUGACUGGCAUCUACCUUGUUCUUACUUUACCCUAGCCAGCUGAAUCAGGCCUCUACUGACAAUAAUUAUCAUCUGAUGAUCAUUGCGGAUCUCAGUGGGAGGCGCAGACAGUUAGUCAGUGUCCUGGGUGGGGAGGGUGAAAGUCAUGGUAUCAAGGGCAUACUUAGCUAAGGACCUGUAGACACUCACUGAAGCCAUGUUGACAUAAAUUCAGUCAGAUAUAUAUUCUCUCUGUCAAGACUGUGACCUAUUCAACACAUUAAACUGUCCCAACUUUCUUCAGGAUCAUAAGAGGACUCGCCAGUCUUUUUCCGUGAACAGUCAAUAUAGUAACAUACCGUAAAAUUCCGAAAAUAAGCCCCUCCAUGUAUAAGCCCCUCCAAAUAUAAGCCCCUCAAUGCGGUAACACAAAAAACCCUCCGUUAAAUUGCCCCUCCAAAUAUAAGCCCCCCGGGGGCUUGUACUUGGAAAAUUGCCCUCAAAUACAAAGUAAAACAAAGCAAAAACGGUAAAUUUACUUCCAACUAUAUGGCUAGACCAAUCGAUUUUGAAACGCAAAUUUCCCUCCGUAGAUAAGCCCCUCCGAAUAUAAGCCCCUCCAAAAAUAAGCCCCUCAAAUAGGGCCUUUGAAAAAUAUAAGCCCCGGGGCUUAUUUUCGGAAUUUUACGGUAUAGCAGUACUUGCGUCGCAGACAAUUCAACUCAGCGGUCUGGUUUCGUCUGUGGCGCAUUCUAGAGUCAGUCCUUUGAAUUCUAAAGUAACCCAGCUCAGUUUGUCCUAGGAUCUUCCUUCACAUGUACCAAUGAUUGCAAAUCUCCUGUCCUGAACAAGCCGCUGUCAGAUGAGCUAAUCAAUCGUAUUGCAGAACAGUGUGCGCUUGAGGAGUUGAGGCGAAAUGAAAUAUGUUACGUUUCGAGCUUCACAACACCGAAGGGCAGCGUUCGUCUCUUCUACGGAAGGGCGAGGUCGGUGGUUGGAGGAGUACUUCUUAAGAGCAGUUGUCUGUAAGAUUCGAGCUAUAUUAAAAAGGCGCUGCCACCCUAUCUCACCGAAUUGGCUAAAAAUUGGCAUGUAGACUUGAUUUGAGGUCUUUAAUAAGGAAUAGGUAACUUUAGGUUCUAAUUCCUCCUACUUCGGAAAUUAUCGACACGGCCGGUUUUUGGGUGCCUUGGACCGGCGCCAUAUUGGUUAAUAGAAGCUGCUUUUGAGCCUUCGACUACAACCCUGUCUUCAAAGCUAAUCUUCCUUUGCCAAUACAGAUUGAAAGAACGAUCCCUCUUUAUUGUAUUUUUAGAAACUACUUCGAAAUUGAUAACGUUUUCGCAACGAUCGAUUAAACUUUUGGUGGGUAUACUUUUUGAAUUUUUUACACCCGCAAAAUUAACAGAAUUUUAAAGGCGUAUAUCUCUUUUGCCACAUCGCAUUGAAGCUUGCCAAUCUGCCUGAAUACUCACUGUUUGUAGUUAAAUCGAGUUCAUUAAUUAAAAAAUUGGGCAAAUUUAACGGAGCAGAAACAAAAGUAAUGAAUGGAAGACUGUUCUAGCGACUUUGCCAAUAAUCUGUACACCGAAUACUCGCCAGGUGUUGCCAAAAUUACAAUCGAUAAUAGAGUUUCUGUCAUUAAAUCUGAGUGAUCUGUGUAAUACAAUUAGCCUCUGUAAUAUAAUCGAUAACUCUGCUGCGAAAAACAGUAUAAAAAAGGCAGAUUGUAUAAGGAAAAGAAAAAUGAAUUUGUCAUGUUUAUGCUAUGACGCGUAAACAAAAUUCAACCAUCACAGUCGAACUGGAAUUUUCCUGAUUUUCCUCCAGUUCCUUUACCGAAACCAGAGCUUUUAAAAUUAACCAUAGUAAUGAAAAUUGAGAUGUAUUACCUUACUCGACGACAAAGUUGCCAGUUUCAACCUUGAUCGAAAAAAAGUAAUAUUUUCCCACGCAUAUCGCGGGUCGUCACGUUCCUUGCCUGGCGUUACAACUCACGUGAAACCGCCUGGUUUCAAACAAGUGAACUGAAGAAUCCGUGAAAAUCUUAGCCAGGCAAUAAAUAAUGGAAGUUGAUAUAAGUUAUCAUUAUUAGUGAGCGAGGAUCGAUGCGAUGAUAGUUCCAGCUACAUGUGUUUACAGCGUUUGAAGAUUUACUCAAAACUCAUGAGACAUGAGCCCUUGAAAUAAACAUCAUUACUUCCGGUUUUAAAAAUUGGGCGUUUUCAAAGUAAUGAAUAGACUCAUUCUACCUUGUACACCGUUAACAACGGUUCCGUGUACAAUUUUCAGGUAUUUUGUCUCAAUCACGAGGCCCGUUUUGAGGAGAUUCUUGAUAAACAGAAAAAUUGGUUUGGAAGGGGUUAAGAAGAAUGAGGGAUGAGCCCGGGAGAGCAAAAACCACAGUCACCCCACCGAAGGGCUUUAAAACUGUGCGCAAAUGCCUCACCCUAGGGACAAUUCCAGAUUUUUGUUUCCUUGAAAAAGCUUAAAAUCGCUAGACAAUGCAUGGACAACUCAAGACAGGCCUAAUUCAAAAUAAAGUAAACAGCAAAGAAAAUUCAGUUAGAGACCAGAGUGUUUAUCCGAUAUCGCGAACAGUAAGGAGUGAUUGAAGAUGUGUCUGCAGUUUAAGGUAAAAUCAUUUACCAUGCUCACGGACCUUUCGACAACAUAAGUGUACCGAUUGACGUAAUAUCCGUGGUAAAAAACGAACGCUUUUUACUGUAGGACGAUGACGUCAUCAUAGAAAAGGCAACUUCACUCUGGCAUCCAGAAUUUCAAACAGUCAAAACCUAGUUUUCUCUGCUCGUCAAAUGAAAAACGCCUCUGAGGACAAGUAGUGGUAAUGUGCUUGUUAGUAAGACGUCCAACAUAAGGAGACAUUCAUUAUCAACUCGGUUAAUGUAUUGAUAAAGGGAAACUUUCUCCUUUACCCUUAGGGACAGAGUUCAAAGGCGCAAAAGAUUUUUAGUUCAGCUCUAGCAUGUGUUGUCUAGCGAUUUGCCUUGAGCUUCUUUAAAUUUUCCAGAUCAAACAAGCUGUGCCCAUUGUACAUAAUCUUGUCUGGGCUCCCUUGAAAAAUUGCAAUUCAUCAGAUGCCUUCAAGUUCAUCCUCGGCCGCGACAACUUCGUGAUCUAUUUUAAUGGGUGGUUUUCAGGAACUAUCCUAUGGCUUGUCCUUUCUGGUCGUCACUAUAUUAGCGAACAUGUUUCAAUUUCUCUCCAGCAAAAAUCUCUAUAAGGAGCGUUGCCAGGACUUUCCAGGUGUGCGGAAAAUUUCCAAAACUUACCCUAACAUCUUACUCAGUUCUCUCGCAACGUUUCCCCACUACAUUUGCUAAUUCAGUUAACUAGGUGAGGUUAUGCGUGGAUGAAAUGGCACUUGCAAUCGGUGAGAAAAGUAGGUUAGACACUUUACCCUCAAGGACAACUCUCACGUUUUGCGGACACUUUCUACCUUAGAAGAGAUAAGUGAAGCUUUGCCUUCCCCACUCCGUGUAAAAGAAUGUCGUUCGGCUGUUCAAACUACUUUGACAAAACAACAAACUUCCCAACUUUCAUUUUUAGUAAAGGUAUAAGGGUAGGAAUCCAAAUUGUUUUGGAGUAUUUCACUGAUUUUAACACGAUGAUUGUAAAGUAGUGUCUAGUGAGUACGGGGGCUAAUGCUCCAUCGUAAAAAUCUGAAAUUAAAAACAAAAAUCUUGUAUAACCGAGUAGUACACAAUUUUAGUUAUUUUAUUGAGUUGUGAAAAAUCACAAAUUUGUUUCUUCUUGAAUGUGUUAUACUCUCAUCCAUUCAGUCUUUCCGAUAUGCCCGUCGGAUAGCGGAAGUUAACGUAAAUGAUCGAUUAACUUUCCACCUUGGGGUCUUUUCCCUAGCCAUAAUUUUUUUCCCUCAAGGAAUUUUUCUCUGUUUUACAUAAUAAUUGGUCUUGCAUUCAGCUUAUCGAUUUUGAGAGCCUAGUCCUAUGCCGUAUUCUGAUGCGAUCUACUUUAUGUAGCUUUCCCCCCAUCUAACAGCUCCUUACUGAACAAAAACGGCUUUAAUUGAGUCUAUUCAAAGAACUAGCCAAUAUUUUUCCAGCGGUAAGCACAAUGUUCCUAAUUCCCCCUAGUCCCCUUCUAAGACGCUUUCAUGUGCAUCAGGUGUUAAGUUUUCUUUUCAUAAGCUACAAUGCUCAUAAUCGCGCAUUCUGAUGUCAUUUAUGCUUAAAAAAUUAAAAAUUAGUUUAUCGAAGAAAGAGUGAAUUAAAGGUGUCAUGAGGCGUUUGUGAUUUCAUGAACUAUUUGACGCGGUCCUUUUCUUACGGCUUAUGUCCGUUGGUGAAAUCGCUACUUGGGUUUUCUUGGAUUGAAAAGGGCGGCUCUUUCUAAACGUGGCGUUGUUUAUGGGACCUUAGUAUUCAGAACAGAAUCAGUCGAUGGCAAACAACGAAAAGGCUUUUAUGUGGUAAGUUACAGUGAUGAACCUUGCCUCGAGAUGGUCAUAUUUUUGUACAUACCUUCAUGCAAUCCAGUGUUGGUCUGAAAAUUUUUUGUUAUGGAUGGGGGAAGGGGGGGGAGAUCAGAACAUGUAUCUCUUGUUGUUUACGAGACAUUAAAGUAAUGAAAACUGUUAAACAGUCUUCUACAAAUCAAAAUAGUUGCAAAUGCUUACGGGAGGCCUUAACUAUAUGAUGAUAAGAAGGGCUAUAUUUGGAAAGGUGCAUGGUCGUGGAGUUAAGGAGAUUUGACUAAUCAACCAAUUUCCCGCUAAACAUAAGGGCGUGGCCAGUGGCCCCAAAAUUGUGUUCGCUCGCCCCGGGCUGGCUCGACUUUUGGGAUACGGUUAUGGGGUUAUAAACAAUGAGUUCAUCAUCUACAUAGCCUACUCGCCCCAAGUGACUGCAUUUCGCUUUUCAGAGACCCAUCAGUUACUGUAUAACCCUCUCCGAUCAGAUUUUAUGUCCGUGGUACUGGUGGUGAGGUCAGUCUACAAGCAGAGUCGUGAAAAACACCGCUACUUGAGCCUUUACGUUCAAAACAUUCCUGGCUAUCGGGAAAAAAAGAAGGAGCUUUUAAAAAUACUAAAUAAAAUGUCAUUUCAAAUAUCACUUUGUCACCGUUCGAAAAUUAUUGUGCAGGCCCGUAACCAGGAUUUUAUAUGGGGGGAGGGGGGGGGGGUGGUAACGAGGCCAAAGUGCACCAAACUACCGAAAUGUAUUUUUUAUUGUCUCAUCCGUUUAUUUAGGGAAGUAGCAAUACAUGAGAAAUUGUAACAGCAAAGUACAUGGUAGGAACUGAAUAGUACAUUUGUCGAAUACAACUAUUUGAAUAAAGUUAUACAGGAGUAAUUUUACGAUGUAAAAUGAUACAUCAAAAUACUGUGGAACUAAUCGCUCAGAAUAGUCCCGAGCUCCAGCCUCCGUGGGUGUUUGGUGGCAAACAGAUUUACCACUUCAUCCAAAACAAUUUUAGCUUGAUAAUGUAUGCCUUUCCUGGCCCAUACAUGCCCUGUUAUAUGUAUGCAGCCGCCUUAAAGAACUCGCACUUCUUUCACAUUCACAGCUCACUGCAGGGAUUGAGGCGCAUAUCUUGAGGAGCGCAUAUAUAUUUGGAAAGAGAUCAUCAUCGCACUCCUUAAGCGUAGGCACGUUAAUUUCAUUAUUCAUUUAGAUAAGCUCGGACAUCUGUGCGCUCAUUGAAAUGUUGUGAAUGACUCGGGCUACUAGAGUGCAGCUGGUUUUAUUUUCCCAGUGAAUACACUACUACUUUUUCCAUUCUUUGAUUUUGUUUAAAUAUCGCUGUUAAGUUUGAAACUUCAGUUUAACCGACUGCACUCCUUAACUUGGAUAUUGAGUAUCAAAAUGCGGACCUUUGGGGCCUGUGGGGAGGGUGCGAACGCACCUCGUGCAUCCCCACCACCCGCUGGUUACGGGCCUGUUGUGAAUCAGACCGAAUGAAAGUUCACUCAAAGAGGGGGAGGGGGGAGGGGGGUUGGUAGUUCUUAACAGUUCCAGUUAGCUAGAAAAUUAAAAGUUACGAAAAAAAUAGUGGGCGAACUGCAGAAUACAUGCAAGAAUGAGAAAGAAAAUAGAAAACAACUUCCUCUUCAAAUUCGGGUGAAACGUUUAAUAGCGUCAAGAAGACUGAACUUGACUGAGGUUGUUCAUUUCAGUUCCGUUCCAGCGUGCAAUUCCUUGUCCUCCUAAAAAUAGCUUCGUCUGCCACCGAUCAUUCCAUGUCAUAUUUUGCGGACUUAUUAUUCAGUAAUGACGGUACGAUCAGGUAAUUUGACUUGAUGAGUUCUUUAAUUUCAUUUCAUGUACUAGUUUUAUAUCUUACGCUGGAAAGAUCUGCCAAACAGUGUACACUAGCAAAGGUAGGUUCCUGUUUACACGUGUAAUUAUCGAAUACCAUACAAUUUGCAUAAAGCUACAGUGCACGGUUGGUUUUUCUAGCCUUUUGAUUAAAAUUGACAACGUUUGCGUUAUCUUUGCCUAAGAAAAUAUGUAAUUUGUAGCUGUAUACAGCGAAAUACUACAGAGAAAAUUGUAACUGUGCAGUACACGAGCGGCUCCCGAUUGGUCUGGGAAAUCGAAGAGCGAACUUGAGCUAGUACCGUGUGUAACAAAAUUUAUAAUUUUCAUUUUAGCGCAUAUUUCAAGCUCUUCGCAAGAUCAGAAUCAAAAUAUCAUUUGUUUACAUUACAAGGGAGGGUUUUUUAAGCGAUAGAUAGGGUUUAAGAGGCACGAUUAAUUUUUAAAGAAUUUUCUUUUCAAAUAUUCACCGAAUUUUGUUUUGAAGUUUUAACGGCCAAGUGGCUGAACCACUGCGCAUUCAUGCAAUCAUAUUUCUGUUCCGUUGCAUUUGCCCAAUUAUUUUAUUCAACAAUCUAACUUAGCUAUAAACAAACUAUGUUUAGUUAAAAUGGCUUAGUGUAAAUCGAUGUGGCAUGGGUGAUAUUGGCCUUCCAAUUUCUACCAAAUUUGUGUACCGUUUAAGUACCGAAAAAGUGCUGUGAGAAGUUAUAGCCGUUCGUAGCUCAGGCUUAACCAUUUUCAGAUAAGAGUAGGUAAAUGAAAGGAGGAAGGAUAGUUCUUUGCAACUGUAUGAGUCACGAUUAAGUUAUUUUAAUGAUAAGGCUAGAAUUAAUUACUGUAAAUCUCCUUCAGUUCACCAACAUGGCGGCCGCUCGAGGCCUCGUCAAAACUGUCAUUCCUGUAUCUUUGAAACCAACGAGAAUUCGAACCUUAGAAUAUGCAUUCAGUAUUUAGGACACCAUUCUAAGACUAGAUGCCAAAAAUCAGCCAAAUCGAUGAGGUACCGUGUCAGGCCGAAGUUCGAAUUUUACAGAAAAUCACUCUUAAAUGAGAGAUUUGCAAAGGAAGUAUUGUCAAAACUGAAAGGAACGGGAUUAGAAUUUGAUUUUGAGAAAAAAAAGGGGCAAUGACUGAAACAAUAAAAUUGCUUGUAGAGCUGUGGGUAAAAAACAAAAACAAACAAACAAACAGCUACACUUCAAGAAUUGUCCUUUUGUAUCCAAACGACUGACUUGUCAGUGUCAUGAGCUGGUGCUUUUAGAAUGAAAGAAACUGAGACACAAUGAAAUAAAUCUUCAUUAUAAUCACUCUUGUUAUAAUUUAAUUAAAUGAAACGAUUACCCAAGAACGUAGUCCCCAAUUUUCGUUGAGGAAAAUUACUUCAAGAUUAACUAUUCGUCCGGAAUGUUCUCGAUUUGGCUUAUCUUGAUAACUAGCCGCCGUCAGCUGCCUUGUACGAGAAAAAUUCACAAGUUAUCCUUCAUUUCCUUUUGAGGCCUUUCCUCGCUCCAAAAAUUGAAAUAAGUUUCUGUCGUUUGUGGUUGGUUGAACUUUUAAAAAGGCAAAAAAUGUCACCUUUUGGCUUUCGUGCCCGCAAAUGGCUGCGUCUUCUUUGACCAUUUCAGUCCUGCUUCACGUUGUGGAGGGUAUUAUUUGUCAAACUUUAAAUUUAUUGCCUAAUUUCAAACCGAGGGGGCCUGGUUACGAAUUCGUUUAUUAUGGAGAGACCCACAAAGUAAGAAAGAGGAAACUGAGAUUUACAAAAUCCUCAACCUUGGUGUUUGUCGGACCUCGUAUAUUGAACGAGAUAUAGCCAUUUAAAUAGUCCAAAUUUUACUGAGAAAUAUAUAGACGUCCGGACAGUGUGUCUGGCAAUCCAUAGUCCACGUGUAGCCACACCUUCCCGCCUCACAAAGGGAAAACUGGGAGAAGGAGUUCCGUUUUUCGGUCACGUUGAAACGCAGACCAUGCAGACUGCAGACGGUGCAGACUAUGCAGACUGUGCAGACUGUACAGACUGAUCUGAGUGUUAUUUCUUUACUUGUUCCUUAAUUUUCUAGUAAAAUUUUGCUAUAGUUCCCUGCUUCCUCUUAAUAUGUGCACUGAUGUGUACCUGCAAGGGUCAUGGGUAGGAAAUGACAAAGUCACGGGCUCAUGUUUACCGGCAGAUGUAAAAGCAGUUUCGCGUGCUUUUAGCUGCGCCGCUUUCACGCAGGAGCGAGCACGAUGGAGGAAGGUAAGCUGUUUCUUUCUGUAACUGUUUUAUAUUGUCACGAUUAUUUAUUUUUUUAGUAGAAGUAGCUUUUUCAGGUUAAGUAACUAAGCGACGUCUCAAGGACAGAUUUAACAAACACAGACGUGCAGUCGACAAAACUAACAUUACAUCUAAACCCACUGUUUCUGAACACUUUCUCUCUCACUCUAACCAUUCUCAUACUGACAUGCAGUUAAUCCCACUGGAGAAAAUCCAUUCUUCACAUGACUCAGGUCGUAAGGCCAGGGAGUUGCAUUUGAUAGAUAAGGCCAUGACUCUUGAACCUCAUGGCCUAAACCGCCAUGACGAAUUAUUGUAAUCCAUAUCCUUAGUAUUUUUCCUUUCCAGUUUUUAUGUUGUACGUCAUUUCCGCCUCUCCCUUUUAUUCCGACAUUCUCCAUCUAUAUAAUAUUAUGAUUGCUACAUAAGUUCAGUAACAUCUGUAAACCUGAAGAAGGCUGGUAUGGCCAGCCGAAAUAUUGUUAUAAAAAACAAUACACGUUGCUUUAAAUCAGCUUUGCAGUAGUCUUUGGACUUCUCGUUCUUGCAGGUUCUUUAUAUUUUGGCUGAUUUGAUCCCUUUUCUAGAGAUCCAACGUUUACAACUAGCAGGAUCUUCGUCCACGGUUUUUGCAGUUAAUUUAAUCCUUUAAAAUAAAACCCUUUUCGGCUUCCUACAACGGCUACGAGAGAGACAUUUCCUCAAUUUCCUUGAUUGUUGAUGAUCGUCUUUGGUUUCACUCUGUCAUUCAAACCAGUGACUUGCCGUCAUUUCUUUAGUCAGCUACACAGCCGUUUUUAGUGUCGUCACGCAAUGCUCCUCCCCACAAGAGGAGCGUGGCAUGACGACUCUACAAACGGCUGUGUAGCAGACUAUCAUUUGUUCAAAUCUUACAGAUACCGAUGUCAUCGUUGUUAGCUCGGGAUAUCAAACCGAGACGUUCGAGAGAUGGGCCUUGCUUUAAAAUGUGUAAAUAAAUCAAAGGUAUAUCUACCUAAAAAUAAAUAUGCUGAUUUCCAAGACAAAAUAUACCUAAAAUACACGGCGGGGGAUCUAGGUCAAUGCGCAUUAAAACCCCCUCCACAUCUUCGAGUUGUACAAAUAAUACGUUUGUUACUAAUGAACUAUUUAGUUUUGGAGCUGCAUAAACAAGAACCAUGAUACUCGAACAAGAUUGUCGGUUUCAAACCACUACCACUUAUUGGCGUGAAUGCAUGGAACAAAUACGAUUGUCAAUCCCCGAUUGAAAACCCGCCCAGAAGGACACUCUUGAGAAUCGAAUAAAAAAACAUACAUAAACAAAAGUCUCACCCGAAUCUUCCAAGCUAACAACGAUGACAUCGGUAUCUGUAAGAUUUGAAGAAAUGACGGCAAGUCACCGGUUUGAAUUACAGAGUGAAACCAAAGACGAUCAUCAACAAUCAAGGAGAUUGAGGAAAUGUCACUCUCGUAGCCAUUGUACGAAGCCGAAAAGGGUUUUAUUUUAAGUCACUUAACCUGAAAAAGCUUCUUCUACUAAAAAAAUAAAUAAUCGUGACAAUAUAAAACAGUUACAGAAAGAAGCAGCUUACCUUCCUCCAUCAUGCUCGCUCCUUCGGGACACUAUAGAAAAAAUUUUACUAGAAAAUUAAGGUACAAAAAAAAAAUUACACUCAGUCUGCACAGUCCGCACGGUCUGCCCAGUCUGCAUGGUCUGCAUUUCAACAUGACCGUCCCUUUUUCCUUUGCCAGAGGUGAGGGGGGGGGGGAGGGUGCGGCUACACGCAGUCUAGCAAUCCAUACAUCUACCACAUUUUCAAGUUUUUAAGUAGCUGUAUCUUAUGUAAUAUUUUCUUGAUUGACACCAAACUUGAGAAUUUUCCUAAGCCCACUGUUCUCUUUAAUUAGGCCGAUAACUGAGGCUACUGCUGUAAGCCAAAGUAAUUAUCUAGUAUAAUUAUUGACCCCUCUAAAACUCUAUUGUUCUCUUUUUGCAGGAAUUACAUCGACAAUUUCAGUCGCUUCCAAAUUGACAUUGAUAUUUUGGUAUAUGAACAAUAUAAUUAGCAUAUAUUGGGCAGCAGUGCUUGAAAUUGCGUAAUGCUAGCGCUUUGCACUCUCCAAUUCAGUCAUGAAUGGUAAUAAUGUGACUUUCCACACCUGUCAGUUUAAUUUCCCUAUCUCAUGUAUUUGUGUAAAUGGUGUUAUUGAUCAUGAAUUUCAUACACAUGAAGAAAGAGCCAUUUGCCUACUAUGUAACACUAUGCAUAAUUAUGGCCAUUUAAGUAUGAAAUUACGCAAUUGAUAAAAUCCUACAAUCUGAUAACUAUUCAAAUGGAACGUAAUCGGGCAGUACUCUUGGCAUGUUACUUCAGUAUCAAAAUGUUUUUCACUAGUUUACAAACCGUGAUUUGGAAUUUUCGGCGCAUUUUGACUUUAAUCACUACUCAGUAGGUGUGAAUAUUGGUUAAUCAUACACAGUUGCCCUCAUUAUGCCAAUGCAGUCGCCAGGCCAGCGGGCACCAGAGGGUAUCGCGUGACCUGUCUUAUUUGUUACAAAGCAACAAUUUAACAUCAUGGCAAGUUUUCCUAUGAUUCAAGUAACAGAAGGCGAACAGAGAUCACUAAGACUUUGGGAUGUUUUGGGCGUAAAAAUUCCAGAAUAUUUCACCAAACAUCCAGCGUUGCUCGCCGACUAUAUCUCCAAUUUUGAGACACGACCAGACGACGUUUUUGUGGUUUCUUAUCCUAAGUCAGGUUCGUGCAUCUUCAUUGUAAUUUUGUCGCAAUCAGAUAACUGAAUAAUGUUUAGUAAUGUUUGUUUUAAUAAGACCUCCUUUCUCGACAAGUUGAGUCUCUGAGCUCACUUAUACAUAGGCGUCCCAAAUUCUCUAUGUGAGCGCCGGUUAAAUAUUAAGACGUACAACUGAUAAUAUUGCAUAACAAAGCGAUUUAUAGGGUUCGUAUCUACAUGGGAACAGUUUAAUUCGAAAAAUAUCGCUUUAUCUUAGGUAACGGUCAUUUAUUUGAAGGCGGUGGGCUGGUAUCAUUUCUAAGGGGAAAUGUGUUAUUGUACAUUCCAUUUUAGUUUCUACCUCUUUUUUUCUGUGAUUGAGGAUGGGUCAUGUCAUUUCAUGUGUACACUCUUAGGAGGCCACAUUACUUUAUGCAGUGACAAGAACGUACUGGGCCACUGAAAGUUAUGUAGUGGAAAAUGAAAAUGCACCAGCCCCCCCCCCCCCCUCCCCCCUCCCCCUCUUGUAAUAGGGAGGGUAAUAGCCGUCGUCGAUGCUAAAACUCCCUAUUAAAUGACCGGUCCCUUGGCUAAUUGUGAAGAAUAAGAAAACACAGUUACUUUUGCUGUAUUUGUGUUUCUCUCCGCAUUUUGAAGUAAUUGGUUUUGUGAUCCUGUUUAAGUGUAGACUACGAGCAGUCUCUCUUUUUUCUUGGACGGUCGAGGAAAACGCGCGAGAUACGCAAAUGACAACGCGCGUGACUGAAGACGCAAGACGUGCCGGAGGCUGCCGCCCUCGUCACUCGGCUCGACGCUAGCGCGCGCGUGCCCUCCCCCGACUAAAUCUUAAGAAAAAGAGAGACUGCUCGCAGUCUAGUCUAAGUAAGUCCAUUCCCUGGGGAGGAGGGGGGGGACACUCAAGGAAAGUUUGGGUAGAAGUUUGCCUCCUAGACCUUCAAAGGUUGACCCCGUUUAAAACAAAUAUCUUUCAUUUCGUCUCUCUGUUUAAGACAAGAGACCUGUUUUCGCGACCCUGAUUCAUUUUGUUUUGCGUACAAAUUUCACUAAAGUCAUGAAGUUAUAUUUUUUUGGCAAAAAUUGAAAGUACCACACACGUAGACCGCUCAGUAUUCCGGUCUAAAAAGACACCCUGUUCAAGACACCAAUUGGUGAAUCGAAAUUGCAUAAUCUACCCGUAAACCAUACCCUGUUCAGGGGCGCCCUUUCACAUAUUAUAGUUUUUAUCACACACAUGUAUGGAUUGUAAAGAAAUUAUCAAUCUUCAUUCAGGGACGACUUGGGUGCAGGAAAUCGUCUGGCAAAUCUACAAUAAAGGAGCUGUAAGCAGUGUUAAGCAAGCAUUUCGAGUCCCAUUUCUUGAAAUGACUGCCACUCACGAAAAGCUUGUAGAGCUCACUGAUCUUAAAACUCUGCCAAGCCCUCGUCUGAUAAAGUCCCACCUUACCCACAGUACUACUCCAAGAAGUGCAAAUAAAGAUGAUCAGUGUAAAUACAUUUACAUUGCCCGCAACCCAGAGGAUGUAGCAGCGUCAUAUUUUCAUUUUACGGAGUAUUUGAACAUGUUUGGCACUGAUUACAAUGGACCAUGGGGAUUUUUCGCUAAGUUAUUCAUAGAGGGAAAUGGUAAGUUUUAUUAUAUGUAUGCAGUAAUUAUCUAUAUAUUCUGCAGGAGGAGAAAGGAUAUUUUUUAAUGUGCAUUAUUUUUCAUAUUCCUGAUUACAGAAUUUUAAGACAUCUCCCACUUGACUAAAACGAAAAAUAACAACCCGCCUUCUUGAUUAGGAAAGUGAAGUAACGUAACGCAGGAGCCCAUAACGCGGGGCGUCUAACUUCCAUACUGCGCCUAUGCAACGGCGUUUUCACAAGUAGGUCUAUUUUUAGAUAAGCCUUUCCCGCGAAUUGCUUUCGAAAAGCCAAUCACUAGCAAUUGCGUCAUCAAUGAUAAACUUUUAAUACGUAACUAGGACAACUCCUUCACAUUGAAAAAAACAUGGCGGAAACAUGUGAGGAAUCUUCAGAGGAGUCUUCUGACAGUUCUUCAAGCGACAAUUUCAGUAUUUACACAGAAACUAGCAGUUCAGAGCAAGAUUUGCAAAACCUAGCGAGGACGUCUACUUCAUCGGCGACAACGCAUAAUUCACGCAAAGGGAAUUAAAUCGAAAUCAUCUUCGAAAUAGCCGACUGUGAAAAGGUCCAAGCGAGCUACUAACAGUCUAAACGACGAUCAAAUGGGGGAAUUGACCUCGUGGAACAGUUAUUUUUCGCGGGAAAAGCUUAACUAAAAAUAAACUCACUUGUAAAAACGCCGUUGCACGAAUUUAUGGCAGUUGAACGCUCCGGGUUAUGGGCUCCUGCGUAACGGCAAUAUAACAUGGUCAAGAGAUACGUUUAAUAUAGAGGAAUGAAAAAAAUGGAAAUAGGUCAUACGUGUUAGUAUUCUUAUCGUAAAAGAAGUUUUGAAGCCGAGUUACCAGUAACUCAUUCUGCAUAAGUCUUUACGCAUGAAUUCACCUGCCAAAAUGUUGACCAAUCUGAAACUAGAUUGGUCUUGAAGAGUUAUUAAGCUAAAGGCUAAGCGUUAGAAUUUCUUUUUAACGUUUUUUGUUCGUAAGCUAAACACAAAAACUUAAAGAGUUUUACUGAAGCAAUUAGUUGGUAGCCUCCAAACUAGUUAAUUUUACGCCAAGAUCAACGAAAGGUGCAUGUCUGGGACUCUCUUCCCCUCCCUUGCAAAGCCUCAUCUCCCCCAUCCCGAGAGUCUGUGUGGACGGGCGUACCCUGACUUCAUAACCAAAUUUUUGCGCAUCGAUAGGUUUCCAGUUUCUAUGAGAAUGGACCGGAAGCUCCGGCACUAACACGUCCAUAUAAGACACACCGUAAUAGAUCUUAUUCACGAUACCCGGGAUCUUUGCACGAGCUUUGGGAUUAUUGAUAAAACAUGUCACGUGCUAUUUCAGGGGGGGACAAGUGUUGGAAUUUGUCAAUAUGACUAACUGUGGUCGAGUUUGUUUAUUUUCUUGAAACGAUACUACAAAUUUUAGACGUGCAAAAUGUACAGUCGAGUUUCGACAAGUUUUGCUCUCUGUAAAAACAUUUAUAGUCGCUACUGCAUUAAAAAAAUAACAACGAUCAAUCCCACCCAUAAUUUGCCAUUAUCGCCUUUUAAGAUGAAAAGUUCUGUUUUUUCUGUUGUCCUGAAUAAACAAAUUUGACCACGAUUUCUUGUAUUUGCAGAUUUAUCACUUUUUUACCCCCGAAAAAACCACGUUGCAUUGUUUUUAUCCCAUCAGUCCUUUAAAAGUGCGAGAAAAGAUAGCGGGUAUCGUGAACAAGGUCUGUUGCUUACUAUUUUGUUUUGAGUAGUUGGCUAUAACGUUUGGACUGACCAUGUUCUUGACUGGUGGAAACACAGAGGUGAUCCCAAAGUCUUGUUCCUCAAAUAUGAAGACUUACACAAGGUAAACUAAAGGCAAAGAUUGAUCUGGGUUAUUCAGCGUAAAACAGAGUGAGAUCUGGGUACAAGAUUAAACGAUGCUUAGGCCGUGUUCAGAAGCCGAACUCUUUAUGAGCCGAACCUAAUACAUUGAGUUAAGUUCAUGAAAAGUUCGGCGUCUGAGUCAAUUAGGAACGCCUGUUUCAAUUUGGAACGGCUCAGUGAUUCUUCCCGCCUAGCCUGGCCGGGAAGUUCGACUUUGGAACGACUUUGGAAAGCUUUGAUUCAGACGCCGAACUUUUCUUGUACCUAACCUAACCUAAUGCAAGCAGUUUGACCAAAAUGAGCAUUUUUCUCCUUUUGAAUUUAGUUCCAGGGCCCCCCCCCCCCCCCCCCACCCCCCCCCCCCCAAAAAAUUGCAGGUAAGGAAAUUCCGCGAGAAAUGAAUACUGUUGAAAACUGAACCCAAAAUUUGCCAUUUUGUCAUUUUAAAUUCAUGUUUCUCUUAAAUGAGUCAAUAAAAUGCUGGAUUACGUUCAUGGACUGCUUUUAUUGAUAAAAUAGUACUAAAUUAAAUGUAAUAUAAUAACUCACUAGGUAUAUCUAGAAAAGAACCAUUUGUAUAAAAGAAAUGCAAGUUUUGAAAAACAUAGCUGUAAAACCUCGGUUGGCAUGGUAACGUCAAUGUUGACGAACACUUACCAAGACUUUGAAAAAAUGCUCCCAGAUAAAUUUCAGGAAAAGUCGGUCACAUCUUUAAAGGUUUUGAAGUGAUUCACUUUAAAGUUUUGGGGGCCUAGGGUUAACGUCGUCUGAGUUUACCUUUACACACAGCUGUCGAUGGUUUUAGUGUACUCAAGAAGUCAUGAGUUUGAGUUUUUUUUCUUUUUUGCGUGGGGGUUGGGGGUAGGGAGCACUUUUGGGGUUACCCAUACGUUCUGCCAAGAGAGAAUGAGCUAGAUCAUUCUCUCUUGGUUCUGCCGAAGAUCUCAAACUGUAAAAUGCGUAUUCAAAAUGUAUUCCCCCAGGAGAAUGGUUAUAAAAGCCGGCAAACACCAAAGUUGAAACCAACGGUUCUGUAGUUUAUGUUGAAAACUCCUUGACCGUGCACAAUCCUUUGUUUUUUGUUCACCAAUUGUGACUGCAUAAAUUAACGCGAUGUUUCUCUUACUCAGUAAAAUCAAAAUGAUAGGAAUGCUAUUGAACAUUGUGCACGGUCAGGUCCAAAAAAGCUAUCAACUACAAGAUAUAACAAAGGAGUCUAACGGGUUUCAUAACCAUUCCACUUUAAUAACUAUAUGACCUAGGGAAAAACUAAUUUGGUGCACUGAGGACUUUUUUGAUAAAUAGGUACUUAAAUCUACAACGGUACGGUACUGAAUUAAUAUUAAUUUCUCCUAGGAUCUACCUUCUCAUGUUCAAAUUAUUGCUGAUUUCUUGAACAAGCCCUUGUCAGAUGAACUCUUCAGUCGCAUCGCCAAGCAGUGCAUCCUCAAGGGCAUGCAGGAAAAUAUGACAAGUUACACAGUCGACGACAAAGAAACUACUUCAGCUUUGUUACGAAAGGGCGUGGUCGGAGAUUGGAAGAACUACUUCACUCCAGAGCUGAAUGAGAGAUUUGAUAAUGAGGUGUUGUCAAAACUGAAAGGAACCGGAUUAGAGUUUGACUUCCAGAUGUAAACGACCAAACAGUACAUACGAGGGUUAAAACCAACUACAGUUACGUGUUUUCUAUCCUUUUAUUUUGUUACAUUCAAACAACAGACCAGUUGUAUAAUUUAAAAAAAAACUAUGAAUAAUAAAUAAAGUUCAUAGAUAAUAAUGUACUUUCUUGUGAUACAUAUUUUUUUAUCCAAAGUCAAACUUCUUGGCUGAAAUGUUUAUCAUAAUGCGACUGUAACCCAUUAUAAUAAUUAACCUGCUUGAUCUUGUUUAGCUGACAGGUUUUUUUAUUUUUGAGGAUAAAAAAGGCAAAUUUCUGCCAGCAGGAUUUUUAAAUCACUAGGUGCUUCUUUACUAUAUCUGAACUCCUGGAGCGGACUGACAGUCCAGUCUAAACGUCAAGUCCGCGAUAAUGAUAGGAGUACCUCAAAGUUCUUAACGUUAUGAUGCUAUAUAGGUCCAUAAAACAUUCAGAGUCAGUACAUUAUAAGAUCACAAUGAGAAGGAAAACAUGGGCUAUUAAAAAAAUUAAUUGGUUUAUAAGUUAAUAUAUAACCUCCCUGGUAAAAAAAAACGACACGCAAGCGUAAAGAAACCCAAAUGAACAAUUCCUGUUUAUCUCUCUCCCACGACGUACGAUAUCCUACAACCACUUCGUGUGCGACAAUCCUAGUGAAUUAAAUGCUACACGGGGACAAUAGCUUUCCGGAAGAUCAACAUGCAACAUAUGAUCUUGAUAGUUUCGUGUUGUUUACACAAAACGGGCUAGAGACACACACAGAACACUGUCAACCCUUUCCAAUAUACAUUAAGAUUUUCACUUGACCAAAGACUUUCGUUUCCGGUUUUCUGCUGGUUAGGUUAUCGCUUUCACUAGCUCGCGAGCGUCCCUCGCGACUUCGGCGCUCACCUAACCUGCCAUCAGGCGGUCCUAAUCUUCCCUGACUUUUCUCCUUUCCCCGAAAGAAAAAAAACGCCUGACCGCAGGUUAGCGCUAAUAUCAUCAGGUCAUCUCAGGGGAGCGGGGGGUGCGCACCCCCUGCACCCUCCCCCUAGAUCUGCCUCUGAGCCCAUCUCUAGCUAAAUAUGUUACACACCUUCUUUUUGUAAAUUUUCUAACAAAAGCAGGAAGUACCGGAAAGUACUUGAAACUGGUGUCCAAAGCCAUUGAAAAGGCUGUGGCAGUACAGUUAACAGCUUUAAUAUGUUUCUUAACUCACCCCCUACACUAAUGAUUCCAGUAAGCUUACAAGCUCUAUCACUCUACUGAGACUUUUGUUGUCAGAGUGGAGAAUGAAAUUCUUUGUGCCAUUGACAGUAACCAUUCAGUGAUUCUUUUAUUGUUAGAUCUUUCUGCGGCUUUCGAUACUGAAGAUCAUUCUAUUCUGUUAUCUGUACAAAAAAACACAGUGCUUUUAAUCCUGACAAGUUCACGAUAGGCAGUUACAUUUUGUCAUUUUUUCCUCUUGAGAUAGUGUCUAUAAUGCCCACUUAACGGUUGCGUGGGUUUGGUUUAAAUAGCCUGCUGCGCCGGAUUUAUAACUUUUCCUUAUUUCAUUUUUGUUUAGUUUUUGCGUAUUUAUGAUGAUAUUUUAAACUUCAAAACUUUUGCCGUUCAAGUCAAUAACAAAGUAAUUUAGUUUAUUAUUUUUAAUUAUUAAUCCAGGUAACCCUUUUGCUAGUUAUGUCGGUUGUUAUGAAGCAACGGUUAUUGGGGUAAAUGACUUUUCCUUAAGAUUAUUAUAUAUUAAGCAUAUAUUUCAUUCAAAUGAUCAUUAUUUCUUUACAACGCAACUCGCGGAUGCUUUUUAUUGUAACAUAACUUUCAACUCGCUUGGCUAGCGGGAAAGGAGCUCGUCACUAUUCCAAGGUACUGGGAUCUGCUACAACUGGAAACAGGACAGGACUCAAACUUGGACUUCAACAGUUUAAUCUUCAGCUCGUGAACGUAAAUCGUACAGUCAAGUAAAUCCGCAAUGUAAAUCGUACAAGCAUAUAACUCCGCAAUGUAAAUCGUACAAGCAUAUAACUCCGCAAUGUAAAUCGAAAAACAGGAAUAACAAUGCUCUAUUUAUACUGACCGAUCAACUUAUUACAACAUCACAAAACAAAUGGAAAGAAGGCUGAAUAAAAUCAGCUGGUAAGCGAAAACAAAUCUGGAUAAGUUCAGUUUUUAAAGUUCAUAUGUUAAACUAAAUAACUCAAAAUUAAAUGUCAGUUAAUCAGGUGAAUUUAGGAAAUUUACCAUUACACAGAAAGCUGUGUAAAAGAAUUCUAGUUUCCUUUGCUCAGGAUUCCCUAAAAUGUCAAAACUAAAAACUACGAAAUGUCGGUAUUAAAACAGGCGAAAGGUCUAGUUAUUCAGUGACUAAGCUGUAUAUCUAUUCAGAAACAGAUUAUCCUUUUAAAAGUAAAAAUUGAAGUAAAAUGUGUAUAACUUAAGGGAACUAAAACAACUCAAUGCAAAUUCAAUGUUAAUUACGGCUAACACAACUUCAAAGGAAAUAUUUAAAAGCUAGAUAUAAAAUUCGAAUCAAAUAAAGAAUACAUGGGAAAUCUCUCCUUACACUUCUUCCUAAUGUUUUUCCAAUUAUAUAUCAACAACAAUGACAAAAAAAAAAAAAGAAAAAACAAGUAAAACCUGAACACUCACAUACAAUAUCAAAAUGAGAUGGUUUUGUUAGCGCGUACUAACUUUGAGAAGCAACUGAGAGAAACACAGACAACGAUUUUUAUCUUGGUUUCCCAGUGUAUCCUUUAUUUCUAACAGAAAGGUUUAUAUGCUUCAGUUUAAUGUAUAAUGGUCACUUAUUUUCUUUUGUUUAUCCUCAAAAAAAUAGCAGGAUCUAGAGUUUAGUUAUGUUAGCUUUUGUUUGACGCCAAGGUAAAUUAACCCAAAUAAGUUUCUUUUUACUGCACCAAAAUAUAUCCCAUUGUCUUAAUAUGCUUUUCGGCAUUAUCUGGAAAAUGUUUAGCCUCGUUUCCACACGAGCUGCUAUUAUCAGGAUAUCCUCCAGUACCAAAUCCAAUUCUAGAGUCACAAGUUCUACAAUCGUUUUCGUAGUUACCAAUGAUAUCGAUUCUGGCUUUGGAAUUAUCAGGACUAUCACUAACAGCUGCAUUAAAUCCUUCCUUGUUACAGUUGAGCUGCAAGGAGGCCUCAGAACCAAUCAGUGACUUCCACGUGUCACGACCCAAUGAGGUGUACCGGUAUUGCCCAUCAGCGAUCAGAGAGUACAAGGAGUUCGCCUGCUUGUUGAUGACAAUAAACCUGAUCUGGUUGUUGAUCUUCAUACCGAGGCAGAUCUUGGAGAAGGAAGUGUUCCAGUAGGAGGGUAGUUUAGUCUCUUAUGAGUCAAACCCAGUCUUCCCUCCGUCAAGGUUAAAUGUUUCUUUGUUGCUCCAAAAGGCUGUUUCGUAAUGAAAUGUUUGCUAUGGUAGAAAGGAGGAAGAAAUAGGAAAGAUGUCUUUUAAAAAGAAAAGUUAAAAUUAAAGUUUCUUUUUCCUUCUUAAGACAACAUCCUUACCGGAGAAGAAGAAAAAAGGAUUUUGCAAUGAAAGGUCCAUUACAAUGAAAAGAAUAUCUGCAACGUCCUCGCUUCUUCAGCUUUAUAAAAUGAAAUUAACCACAGCUGGCGAAAUGGCGUUAAUGGUCACCGAUAGAAUACAAAGUGAACAAAUACUGUACUCUUGAAUCAUUGACGCGAUUGAAAAAUGCCGAAUUGAAUAUAAUUAUCUUUAACUCUCGCGUAUUCGCAAGUACAGAGACCAGGCUUCCGUGUUUUGAUGGAAACCUUCACAUCGUCUGACAGGAAGGGCAGAUGACCUCUGUUACUGACCGAGAUAUUUCGGAAGCUUAAGGGUGUACUUAAUACUUAAAUCUUUUAGAUCCAGGGACUUAGCAUGUACGCACAAGAAGAAAAGUUAGAGCGCCGAAGGCACUUCAAACUUGGAGGGCUGGGGUUAUGCUCCUCCAGAAAAUUUUGUAAUUUUACGUCAUUAGUAUGGAAUCUCUGUCGCUGAAGUGCAGACGUUCCUCCUGAUGAAACGUUCCUAGCGACGAGGAGCAGGGAGAAACGGCUGUAUUCGCAGGCUAGGAUAAUUGAAAAUUUCCACCGACAGAGGCAGACCUGUAUUUAAUUAUUAAAAACACAUUUUUUUCCGCUCUCGUCGCCAAACUAAGGGAAAACGUUCUCAAAUGUCUUACUUUGUUGCCGUCCAUCUUCAUGACCGGCGUCCAUCCUCCAUCGCCGCAUCCGAAAUUUCCAAAGUGACAGAGAACUGAAACUAGUUUGGAGUCAAGGAGGAGCGUUACCAAUUGAGUCACGUUCAACCUGAACAAAAUGAAAUCUCAUUUUAAUUUUUCCAGCUUUUACAAAAAUAAAUGAAUUGAAUUCAGUAGAGUCUCAGUCAAAUCUAAAUUCUUCAGGUUCCCCAUAUGUUAGUGGGAGUUAGUACACGAUAAUGUACUUUAGACUGAUAUAAUUUCAUCUCCAGCACAGGUUGAUAUUCAUUUUUGCUUUAUGAUGAUACCAAGCUGCGCUGCUCUUCAACUAACUUUAAUAAAGUGUAUUUGAAUAAAGUGUUCAGUAGGAAUUAAAUUCGGACAUCGAAGAUGGCUAAACAGCGUAGCAGAUGUUCACAAGGAAGGGGAAAGGGGCGACCGAAAAACCGCGAAAAUGGUGCGCAUGAUGUUUUUCUCAUCUGAAGUCAAAGGACCCCUAUUUUACCCGCGAACUACCUAUAAAACUUGGAUUAGUUGUUUUUGACAACUACUCAGAACAUGUUACACAGAUAUUCAGUAGUUUUGCAUGUUUAUUGAUGCUCACGUAUUUUCUCCAACCCGUUUAAUACGGACAACGGUUAAUACGGAAAACGGACACUUUUGGGUGUUCCCAAGUCAGAAAAUCUCAUGUUGUCAAUAACGCUUUAUGGACACUGGUGACCACUGGCUAUACCUUGCUGCGCACUUCCUAUUUCCUUGUCACAAUCAUUUACUAACCGCAUACAAUGAACCCUAUUCAAAUAAUUACAGAUUUCUGUGGGUCAAUACGAUUUUAUUUACGAUUUUACGAUUUUAUUUUACGAUUUUUUAAAUUUUAUUUACGAUUUUUAGCGUGACAAGUUUGAUCUUGAUAACGCAGUCUUUCUUCCCAUUGACCCUUGUAUGGUCUGAGCUCAUUUUAAAAUGCCUACAACAAGCCUCUACACCCGUCAACCGCAAAGAGGGAUGGUUUGGUAUACGACCGGAGAACCUUUUCUGGCAAAAAUGGUAUGUGGAAAGGUAAGGAAAUGGAAAUCGGGGCAGGGCCUCCCCGUAAAAAACUUCGUUGAGUACCGUCUGGGAAUAAAAUGCCUGCAACAAGCCACUCGAACCCUCAACUAUUAGAGAUGAAUGGAAUCGUAUACGAAAGGAGUACCUUUUGUGCAAAAAUGAUACGCUAUACGUAAAAGUUAAGGAGUUAGACCUCAGGGCUGAGUUUCCCCGUAUAAAGCUUCUCCUGGGGGAGUUUUACGAUAAUUAUUAUAUGACAGUUUGUGACUCGGGACAGAAAAGUAUUCGUUUUCCAUAUUAACCAGGUUAACUUAUGAGCGCUAAAAUAUCUGAACUUUUUGUCUGUACAAACGAACCAUUCGUUUUAUACGGGUGUUCGUAUCAAGCGAAAUGGCGGGGUUCCACUGCAUUUCAUCAACAACUUUUUUUGCUGGAGGGCCUUCAGUGGAUGAUGGUGUUCACAGUUUAUAGUUUCUGUUAUCCGAACAACACCAAUCAUUUGUUUAAAAAAUGCAACAGUUUUCACGAGUUAGGUCUCUAAUAACCUUAAGUUUCCGGAGUGGAGAACAAGGCUGAAAUAGAGUCCAUCGGCCACGAUACGAGAUUCUAACAAUUAAGCGAUAUCGACACUCUCUGCAACACAAAUUGUAUUCCGUUUUUGAGGCUUGACGACUGAUUUUUUGGCUUUUUUUGUGGCUCAUAAACACAGUACUGACGUACCCCGAAUGAUCCCCUGGACUUUAACUGAUCUAUCCUCAUUAAUUAAAUUACUAUGCAUAGGUUUACUCACUUUUCUGUGAGCCGAUUAUAAACGUCUUGGCAUGACUUGGCAACUGAAAAAAAAGAAGUAGAUAACGUAAUAAUUUAAUCAAUAAAAAAAAAAGAAAUAAAACCUAUUUUAUUAGAGAAAAUACAAAUUUUGGAAAACAUGCCUGUCUAAACUCGGUUGCCAUGGUGACAUCAAUGUUGACGCACACGUUCCCAGAUAAUCUUUAGGUAAAGCCGCUAAGUUUAGUGGUCCUAACUUGAACGGGGGCCCCUGUCUGAAUAUCAAUUACCUUUUUCGCAAAAUUCACCAUAAAAACCUUCUUUGCAACGGCACUCAAACGAGUGAUACUUGUAGUUCGCUACGCAGGUGCCUCCGUCCUGACAUGGCGAUGACAUACAUGGAGUCUGAAAUAAUUAAAAAAAGGGUAGAUGUCAAAUGCCACAUAAAGGUAAUUUUGUUUUGCGUAAAAGUGUUGAUUGCGGAAGUACGAAAAAAGGAGAAAGUGACAUUCGACUGAAUAACCCCGACGUGUUAUCGUGCAGUAGUCACUUUUACGCCGACUCGUGUUCGCGACAGGUUAUUAAAAAUUAAAAUCGCAUAGACUGGGAUAUAAAAAUAUCUUACUUUAAUAAACUCUAUGCAAAGAAUUUACCCCACCUUGACGGAAAAGUGAUGAAAACUCUCGUUCCUUUUAUAUUCCUCAGGAUUGCUGUACUUUUCUGAGGAUAACAACUCACACCGCGACUUUCCAUCUGCUCCUUUGUAAGCUGCCAGGUUGAAGGACAAACAGGAAGGAUUGCCGAGGCAUUCAAAGGUGCAGUCAAGGCUGUCAUACACUGUGAAUGUUCCAACUUUAGGAACGUUUAAAUAAUGGCACUCUUCCUUUAUAAAAACAUCUUGACGAAGGCUGUGAUGAUACAUGGUGGUGAAUUCUGAAGAAUCAUUGAUCAAAGAAAGAAUGGUUUUGAAAUUUACCCUUUUAGAAUGCAUGCAGGGUCGUGCGUAUGAGAUAUCUCUUCGUUUAGGGAGUUCCUGACUUUAUGAAUGGCUUUUAAAAUUGAACGCGUUAAGUGAACUGGAAUUCCAACAACUUAGCUGAAAGUAAAGUCUAUAAAGGUCAGGAGAAGAAAAACGGGGAAUUAUCAUCUUCGUGAAAUUGGAGAUUUUUCUGACAAUUCACUACAGGUAUUUAAUCAUGACUUUUAAUGUCAUGCCAAAACUGGGACCAUUAUGGCUCUUGGUCCCUAAGAAUUCAACUCCAGGAAAAUUUACAGGGUACAUCAGAGUUUAACAAAUUGACCGAAACUAAAUAAAGUAUCGUGAUAAAAACUUUACUUUAUAAACGCGAUAGAGUUUAAAAGAGCGCAAAACUAGUAUUCGUUUUUGUCCUAGUUGUUUAAACUCUCUCCCCAACACAACUUUAGGAGCUGUCAUACAUUUCUCUAACAUGCCGGCCACAAUUUUCAGCGAUUUUUAAAGUAAUUAACCAAGCGAAACCGAAAAGAGCCAUGUUAGUUAGUGACAAAAUGCUAUCCGCGGGCGUUGUUUAACAUGCAUAUCGUUAUGAUGAGGAAAACAUGUUUGCCUCCAUCUUCCCUGAACUGGCCUCUUCAUAGAUUCCCCUCUAAUUCAUACGAAGUAAAAUAGGUUAUUUCCAUGAAAUUUCACCCCACUGUCAAUAAAGCAAAGAAAAACCAACCUUCCAUUUGAGCAAAGACUGCAUUGGGUAUCGCAGGAAACAACGGAAGGAGCUUGAAGAGAGGUAAAGAGAACAUCUCAGAUUGGUGAACCGUUCACGGUUGGCAAACUUCGUAAAAUCAGUGUAUAAACUUGACAAACACUGCCAGAAACAGCGUUUUGCAAAGUGAUAGCCGUUCUAAAAACCAUAAGUUUUUUUAUGCAAUAUUAAAUUUUUGUUAUUUAUGACUUUCUUUGUCCGGCAUGUCGAUGCUCAAGUCUGGCUGGGCCAAUCAAUGACAAGACGCGUGGUUUGGGUUAGUUCAAAUUUCAAACUUAAGUUUGUUAGCAAACGUUCUAAAAAUGAUUCAAAGAAAAAUGUUGGAGAGUUUUUUUGAGACCUGAAAAUAGCACUGUGUUCAAAUAGAUUUUUUUUCCAGAGAUUCUCGUAGUUAUAUGUUUUUUCAGUUGAAAAAAUUGUUUUUUUUGGUUAUGAGCACUUUGUGGAUUAAGAAAUGUUUGUUUUUUAGGUACCAGCUGGCGUAACAAGCUUGCCUAGUAAGGGAGGGGGGGGGGGGGGGCUAGUUGUGUAGGUGAAUCAGAGAAACUCCCGUUUAGUUCCUGUGUCAACAAAAGGAAUCAUUGACAAUAAACAAUGCUCAUAUUUAAUUCAUAGAGGAUAUUACAUGGCCGCGCGGAGACAGGAAAUUUCUCUUCGAGUGUUGAACAAUAUUUCACGAGUGAGCGCAGCUCACUCGUGAAAUAUUUUUUCAACACGAGAAGAGAAAUUUCGUAUCUCCAAGCGGCCAUGUAAUCUUCUAUUUAUUAUAUAAACACCAAUGAAAUACCAAACUACUUCACUUUAACAGUUUUUUGGUGUGAAAGGCGCCAGUAAUUAUGUAGCCAUAGCAACGGUGAUCUUUUCACAAGUGAAGAUAACAUGUUAUUUUCACGUGUGAAGAUAUCAUGUUUUCGCGCGAAAGAUCACCUGGUAUUUCAUUGGUGUUUAUAUAAUAAAACGGUUUUAUUCACGGUUGCUGAGGUACAAUUAGCCUUCGAAUGGUGAGGAGCGAAGAGAGAAUGCUGUGUUCGCAGGCAAGAAUAGAAUGAAACAGUAACGUGUGACAAAAAUUGAGGAAGCAGUUAGUGUUUUUCAAUAAAGCCUUAAUGCAGUUCAAUAAAGAAACCAUAGUUCGCGGGUAACUACACGAGCUCAGGCAAAACAACAUAAGAAUAAGUGUUCAUUUUUAUUAGGUUUAGGUAUCAGGGGAGUGGAUAUUGGAGAUUCCCGGCAGUUUUCAUUUUUUACUGUAGAUGCUGUUCUGUGAUCACUUCCCAGUACGUCUAGUUCAGUGAAGUCACAUUCAAACAGUUCACUGAUGACCCCACAGUGUUCCUCAACCAUAGCAAUAGUUUAAAAAAAAGGCGCACAUUUGCCUUACAAUGUAGGCGAUUAUUUGCUCGGGGGAUUUCUUGAGGGGGGGGGGGGGGCGUCUGCCCAAGUCUUCAUAUUUCAUUUUUUUUUUUUUUUUCAUUUUAUCUGUUUCUCCAAACCUAAGCAAAAGAUGAUAUAAAAUUAGAUUUCUCUGCAGGAUUGACCAAAAAUUUUAUUGCAUUUAUUUGAGGAAGACACCUUGCUCUUUCUAUCAGUAGGUAAGUUAUGGCUUAAAGCCAUAUACCAAGCAGUGAUUUUUGUGUCUGAAAUUUGCCAAUUUUAUGUCUGUCAAAAAUCGGUAAAAUAAGUAAAAUUAUUAAAAAAUCCGAAAAAUAUUAGAUUUGCUGUCGAAUAGGAAAAUUUUACUUCCAGAAACUUCUUAGAUACACGUUUUUUUCGUUCACUUUUUUUUUCAUUGCCGCUCAUUUUCACCUUGCAUUGGUGGCGGCUAGCAUUUCUCAUUUUGUCACCGCCGUUACAAAAUUUUCAUGUUGUUCUUCCAACGAAAAAAUGUCUCCUUUAUUUUUUAUCUUUCGCUCUAAAUCUCUGUCUGCCUUUUUCUCGUUGAACUUCGCUGGCCUGCCGUCUCUUUCUCCUUUUCUCUGUAAUUCUCUUGCUCUAUAUUCCAAAUUUGUGGACACGACAAUUAAUCGAAGCUUAAUACUUUAGAACACACGGAUACAGAGACAAUUUCCGCUUUCCAUUUUCCUCUUCAUUGUUUCUUUAGUUGUUUCUGCUUUACAAGACGCAGGUGGCUAUGCGAUUUCCCGUCAAAAUAACCUCGAGUUGCAUUUGGGUUGCCAUACCUGUUGAUUGAGUUAUUUUACAUUGCUAUGCCUGUGGUUCGGAGGGACGGUCGGGCGGUCGGUCGGUGUACGGUCACGUGAUUACCAAAUUUUCUCGGAUGGGUAGUUUACCACAUUUUCUUUCCCAUGGUGCUCCACUUCGCGCGCGAGAGCUCCGCUAAAACUUAUUUUUCUAGAAAUAGUUUACCUAGAGCUAUAUUCUGACAAAGUUUGGAGAUUUUCGAUUUUUUCAUUUUGCACACCCCCAGGCGAUAUUUACGGACGGCCGCUCUUCAAGACUCCCCUUUUUAAAGAUUCCCUAUUUUAAAGAUUCCCCUGCGUUCCCCGUUCCCCGUUCCUCAUUCUCCGUUUCUCCGACUCCCCCAUUCUCCGAUUCCCCGAUUCCACGAUUCCACGAUUCACUCGUUCCUUAUUUUAAAGAUAGCCAUCGGCGGGGCUCUCAAUCUGAAUAUUUCAAGCUCAAUUUCUUCAGCCAUGAGGGCUGAGAAAUCGUGUUAAGGUGCGUUCGCCGUGAGACACUGACUCUAACAUUUUGACCUCCUCUGCUUUCAAAAAGAUCUUUAGGCAUUUUUGUUUUGGCCCUUUUACCUUAAACUCAUACCCUUCCAUCGUGAACCCGUUUUAAAAAAUUGAAGAGUUGUUCUCACCGAACUCUCUGCUCUCAUUCACAUAACCUCACGUGUUGACACCGAUUAAAGAAAGUAGGUGUCGCUGUCAAACAAAGUGGGCGGGGUAGCAAUAUGAAAAUUUAUGCCCAUUUCCACAGUUCGGUGAUUUUCGUAGUAACUGCAGGCAAUAAUCUACGCUACCUGAACGACCCUAAACGCUAUCAUGGCAGGUUCGUCUGUAAUUCAAACAAGAGAAGGAGAAUGGACAUCAUUCAAAUACUGGGAUGUUCUGGGCUUAUUCAUUCCAUAUGUUUUCACCAACGAUCCAGCAUUGUUAGCUGACUACAUUACUAAUUUUGAGACGCGACCAGAUGAUGUUUUCGUAGUUUCAUAUCCUAAGUCAGGUUUGUGCAGUCUUUAUUAUAAUUUUACAGACUGAUAGUUUAUCAUUUCUCCUGCCACGACAAUUUGUGUUGUUAGAAUGACCUUUUCCGGAGCAUAAUCUUAAAUUUAAGUCAGGUUCACUCAUUUCCAUCCCUGACAACCAGGUUGACCGCUACUGAAUUGGAUGAAUGACUCAGUGUUUUAACCUGUGUCGGGUCACAGAGCUAGAGGCGUUUAACCAUGGGAAUUUGAAUUUUGAUGUUAGGGUUUUUAACUCAUUGUCUUCGGAACGUAUUUUAAGUAUUUUUGACCAUGCAACUUUAAAAAAUUAUAACUCUGCUAUUAUUUACAGUUCCAUACCAAGCCAUACCUCGUUGGAAAGGGCAAAAAUUAAACUUUUAGAAAAAAAAAUAUUUCGGUCUCAGGGAACCCAUAAUAUUCUGCACAAAAAAAAUAAACAAGGCAUAUUUUUAGACAAUUAUUUGUAAAAAAAUUAAAGAGUGUAAUUUUGCCAGAAAAGUUGUAUAUUUUAUGUAAUACAGUACAACUAAUUUUUUUUCUUCAAUAUCUAAGUAAAACAGCCCGAAUAUCGGUCGAAAAUAUAGAGCGACUAACAAUUUUUUACAAAUUUAUUUUGUGACCCUAUCGGAUUAUGCAAAUGAGGUCAGAGCUAAUUAGCAUAGCGAAACUAGAUACUUUUAAUAGCGUCACUUUGUGGCCCGAUAUUUGUGUAGGUAAUAGCAUGAUUUGUAGUGAUAUUUGGCAUAAAUACCACGAGUGAUAUUUCGAAAUUGUCAUACGUAAUUUCACGAGCCGUUAGGCGAGUGAAAUUUCAGACGAUUUUGAAAUAUCACGAGUGGUAUUUAUGCCAAAUAUCACGUUAAAAAUCAUGCUAUUAUUUGUUUAUGCUACUACCCGCAAAAGGUUUGUAAUUUUCACAUGUAGGUAUUUCAAAUUAAGCUGAAAUACCACUGCUGUAAGCUAAUCAGAUUGCAGAAAUUUCUCAUAUAGUAGUAUAAACCUUCGAAUAGCAGGGGCACCCAACGAGAUUAUAGUACAAAACCUCUUAAACAUAGCAUUGUUAAACGUAUUUUAGUAUUUAAACGGUAGAUAAAGGCAUAUUUUUAUCCCCUAAAAAUUUUUCAUCUGUUCGGAUUUCCUUGCUGAAAGUCUACUGAUCCGAAAAUUAUAGGGAUCAAAACUUACCUUUUCGAAAAUUUCAGCCAGAAAAAAGGCUCCCGAAAAUUCUAGGUGACCUUUUUAGGGUAAAAAUCCAUUAAAAAUAGGCAGUUAUACCAUUUUUUAGAUGUUCGAAAAUCCUAGGAGAGGCAGGCAAGCAAGAAAUUUUACAACAAAUGUUCCGAAAAUUCUAGAUCUCAAAUCGUCUUCCGAACAGAUAUUUCUCCGAAAAUUGUCGUUGGGUGCCCCUGGAAUAGGAAGAUCGAAGGGCCUCUGCUCGCGUGGUAAGACCACAGGUGGCCCAAGUUAAUCAUUUUAAAUAGUCAUGUAGUUUCAUAUUGCGUAAUUUAAAAUUGCCGUGAAUAUAAAGGAUUUGUAUGGGGAGUUCAGGUAAAAGAUUCAAGUAGAUAGGUACUCGCUAAAAUAUUCAAGAAAAUACAGCUUACCGUAUUUACUUUUCUUGUUUUUGCUUGCUGUGCCUUAUUUUCCCGAUCCUCUGAGCUUGGGCCGCCUGUGCUAAGACCCGCAAAAAUAAGACUCGAACACUGCAAUAUUCCCUAACAACAUUAACUCCUGCUACCACAGUUCGAGGUCCGCAGUUCACUGAAGCCAAACAAAAACACGUAAUUAGUAAUUUUCCUUCAUCGUUCAGAUCGUUAAUCCAUGUAAAGCGAAACAAGCACACUGUACACUUAAUCUUAAAAUUCCAACUACGCCAGUGAAAGCAGCUGGUGAUUUCAACACUUGUCUAAAUCCAUUGGCAACGACUUUGGGACUGCGGACCUAGCGAUUUUAAAAAACCGUAGCUGACUUGUUUUGCUAAACAUUGGCGAGAUAAUGCUCUCGGCACAUUUGUUUCUUUGACAGUUUAAUGUAAGACCUUGUUUUGUUAUGAAAUAAUGCCCUUUCAGCUAGUGGUCUAUUAUAAAUGCUGCGUUCUGAUUGGUUGAGCUACUACUAGGCUAUAUGUUAUAGCCUACCAGUAGCGAAAAGCGUGCACUUUUUGGCGGCAAAAAAGGAUUAAAGUCUAGCUUUAACUAGCUAAAAUUUUUUUAUUCUCGAUAUUUCUGACCAACUAGUUGGAUUUUACUAAAAAAAUUAUUCCUCUCGCCCUCAUGGCCUCCGAGUCAUUAGCCCAUUCGGCCUUCGGCCUCAUGGGCUCUCAGAGCCCUUUCGGGCUCGAGGAAUAAUUGUUAAAUAUUUGGUUGUUAUAUAUGAUUGUUCUUCUUGUGAUCUUUGCUUUCUGAUCAGUACGAACAAGUGCUAGCCUGCGAAAACAUCCGUUUCUCCUCGCUCUUCGUCGCUGAGGACGUUUCGCGCGGAGGAACGUCUGUGACUCAGUGACAGAAAUUCCAUACUGAUGACGCAAAUCAAUGUUUACAUAAUAAAUCCGGUAGCCAUGGGGUUCCAAAUAUAAAUUUGUCUAAUUUUGCGUGUCUUCUGGUCGAUUUUGGUAAAGUGUUGUGUUGAUCUGCCCACGAGCUCCAGCAAAACUCAAAUGCUUCUUCUAAAGAAGACUAUAUUGCACAAAUAUUGACUGUUUUGUUAGAGAUUCUUCGUUUUUACAUUUGACCUUUUUGGCCUUUUGUCUUUUGUCUGUCAUUUGUAAACAAUAGCUAAAACAAUGUAACUGCUCCGUCGACCAAUCAGCGCUUCUGACCGUAUUCUGGACAGAUUUUACGUCAUCAGUAUGGAAUUUCUGUCGCUGAGACGCAGACGUUCCUCCGCGCGAAACGUCCUCAGCGACGAAGAGCGAAGAGAAACAGAUGUUUUCGCAGGCUAAAAAAGUGCGUAAUGAAGUGAAGCGAAAAUGUGACGUGGUUUGGCAUCAAACGCGACUGUAAUUGGUUAGAUCUCGAUAACGUGUCACACAAACAAGGUUCAAAGAACUUGGUGCGCUCCAUCCUCGGAGACCCAGGGGCAGUCAGUCGGGUCGAGAGAAAAGGCAGGACGAAAGUUUUCAAGUACGGGCGAAAGAGCCCCUGGUUACUGACUCCCACCGAACUAUUUCAAAAAAUUGAAGCGGAUGCCGCCUCCUGAUUGAGCGCAAAAAAUGCUUUGUAUUAUUGUGCCCAAUCGGCGAACAGUUUCUCCUGAGUUCUUUUCAUAGGUUCGUACACGACGGCUAUUGUCUCGCCACACUUUGCCGGUUCGUUCACCAAGCUUGUGCGUGCAAGGAAAACUUUUAUUUUCUACUUUCCUAACCAGAAACGAAGGAACUACCGAUGAGUCGAAAAAACGUUUGGGAUGCCAUCAGCAGGAGCAAUUCAAUUUGCCCCGAGAAUAUUUUUACGGAUCACAAUGUAUCGUAAAUAAUAGGAAGUUUAAGAUGCGGCGGAGACGAGAAAGUCAAAUUAGCAAUACCUUCACAUGGCAAAACAAGCUCAAGCUUGUAUUUUUGGAAAAGCGCCUUUAGUUUUCCGGCAGACAAUAUUUUGAAAUCAGAUGGGGGUUUUAUAUCAAACUGAAAGUUUCCUGACUGCUUUCAUUUCUUUGGUGCAUGAGCCAGACAAGCCGUGAUCGAGAUAGCCGUCGUAUAAGAACUCACGAAAAGAACUCAGGAGGAACUGUUCGCCGAUUAGGCAUAAUAUAAAUACAGAGUAUUUUUUGUGCCCAAUCAGGAGCCGGCAUCUGCUUGCAUUUUUGGAAAUAGUUCUGUGAGAGUCGGUACCCAAGGGUUCUUUUGCCCGUACUUGAAAACUUUCGUCCCGCCUUUUCUCCUGACCCGACUGACUGCCCUUGGGUCUCCGAGGAUGGGUGCGCUCUAAAUUAAAACCCCGUUUUAAAAUAUUUUCUGUUUUAUUUUUUAAAAAGGGAUUUCCAUAUGGAUUACUGCAAGCGGAAAAUAUGAGAAGUGCUCGCUGCUCGCGAGUUGUAAUCUCUAAAUUGCUAGCUGCUCGCAAAGCAAAGACCAGCGUUCUCAACAUGACCGGUGCAAAAAUCUCAACCAAAGGCAUUUGAGGUAUGCGCGUCGAUUCAAAUCCACCAAUCAGCGUAUCACGACCGUUGGCAGUUCAAAACCACAAAACCCUGUCCCGCACAGGGAUGUUUGUUUGGUCGCGAUACGUUUGCACGCGCUAUCACACUUUUUUGCACAUUCCUUUGCCGUUGCUGCACGACUACGACGUGAAAAUAGUGAAUAAUUUUACGUUUUCUGAAGGACGCAAACAAGCGACGACAAAAUUGUCGUUCUCUUUCUAAACUUGAGUGUGGUCCCCAAGAAAUCAACUCCAGGGAGAUUUGCCUACAUAAGACAUUUUCAGCGAAUUGGAAUAAAUGCGAUAAAGUUUGAAAAAUCCUAAAAAAUUCAUUUUAAAGGUGACGAAAAGAGAAAAUAAAAGUGCCCUCAAUUAAGUUUCAUCCCUUGUCUCUUUACUCUUCUUGUGGUCGUUAGUGUAAAGCUAAUAGUUAACAAUUAAAAAAAAAAUAACAAAAUAACAAAAGAGAAGAAACGUGAGACGAAAUUAAAUUCGAGCAUCUUAUGCUAAAACGAGGGUAAGGGUAACACCAAGGGUAAGGGUGGGGGUAAGGAUAAGGGUAAUAUAAUAUGCCAGAUGAUGAUUAAUGACAGGGAAUUAAUGACAAUAUGCCUUCUUAACAGUCACCCUUACCCUUACCCUUACCCUCACCCUCACCCUCACCCUCCCCCCCCCCCCCCCCCCCCCCCCCCACCCAAUAUGAUGACAAUAUGCCUUCUUAACAGUCACCCUUACCCUUACCCUUACCCUCACCCUCACCCUCGACCCCCGCCCCCACCCCCACCCCCACCCUUACCCUUACCCUUACCCUUGGUGUUACCCUUACCCUCGUUUUAGCAACGCCGUCUUUUUUACGACGCGCCAGACAAGCAGAAGCAUUUGAUAGCCAGCAAUGUUAACCGUCUUUGAUCGGAUUCAAAUCCCUUCCAAAACGACUCAUAAAAACACAGGAACAAAGGAAAAUGCAUCUUAUUAUUUUAUUAGCUAAUACAGCGUAUUUGUAUAUUGCCCUGUUGCCCUGGGCAAUAUACAAAUAAAUCCCUUCCAUUUAUAAUUAGCAAUUAAAGUAAAUCAUACACGUCCUUUGACCCCGCCAAACAUUCUGAGAAAAUUUCUCCCUUUAACACAAAUAUAGAAAUUUAUUCUGCAACUAUAGAAAAUACAGUAGUAUCCCAUAUAUCGUACAGGCUAUGUAUUCACUCUAAGAAAAUUUUAAGUCUGAUAACUCGGUGGCCCGUACGCUCCAUAAUCAACUUAUCUGAGAUUCCUUUUUCCAGUCCACGUGUUGCUGUUGUGGCCCUCAGACUGUGACUGCUGAAUUGGCCCUGUAGGUCUGAGUCUUUACACAUCUUGCUAACAACGUUUCCAAGCUUGUUAUGUCCAACAGGAGUCGAUGUAAACCAAACUGCAAAAAUUAACAGUGAAAAUAAAAAUAUGAAACAAAACUGAAACUUCUAAUUACCGUCUCCGGCUUGCGACCAUUAAAACUGACUGACAUUUUUAUCCUCUUGCACCCGAAUUGUAAAUGAUCUAUAUUUAUAGGUAUCAUACCUUCAUCCGUAGACUUGUAUUUCUGUCGUGGAGUGAGGUAGAAUAGAUUGUUUUCUAAAGUCUCCCACUAACUCUUUCAAAUUCAACUCAGGGGAAAAAGGUUCCUGGGAGAAAGUAUUUUGCGUUAGGAAAAUUUCGUCGUCACUAUCCAUUGCCGCUCUCACAAGUGUACUGGCCCCCCAAAAAAUACCAAGACAAAAAUAAAAAAACACAAAAGGUUUGAAAUUUGAUUGUUGUCGGCUUAGCAAACAAACAAUGCGCUAUUGUUCUCCGUUUCUCACCUAAGUGAGAACAAGUGGUUUGAACAAAUUAUGACCCGUGAAACGCCCUUUCUCGAUGCUGUGUGGAAACCUUUACAAUACUUACAAUGAAAUACGUCAUUGUCUGCGAUCGGAUCAAAAAAUGACAAACAAACAGAUGUCAAAAACAAGAGGCCAAUUAUUGCCCUGUGAAAGACGACCUUUAUGUAACCUAUACCUCAUGAAUAAUAUCAUGAAAUAAGUUAGAUAAACCCCUCGAACGUCGGUAUUAAUCCAUAUACAUCCCUCGGGCCUAAGGCCCUCUCGGGCUUUAUCUCUUACUUAAUAGAGGGUGUCCGUUUAAUUGGGGGUCUGCUUAAUAGAGGUUUCAUUGUAUUUUACAUGAGGUGAGAUUGAGGCAGGAUCGUUUGACAACUCUCUCGAUUAUUUACUUCUUCGUUACUCGAUCAUUGUUUGUAGGUACAACUUGGGUACAGGAAAUUGUCUGGCAAAUCUACAACGAGGGAGCAAUCAGCAGUGAAAAGCAAAUGUUUCGUUUCCCAUUCUUUGAAGCUUCCGCGUGCAAUGCUAACAAGCAGUUUCUUGUUGAUUUUAAAACUCUACCAAGUCCUCGCUUGAUAAAGACCCACCUCACCCACAACACUACUCCAAGAAGUGCAAAUAAAGAUGCUCAAUGUAAAUACAUUUACGUCGCUCGGAACCCAAAGGAUGUGGCAGUGUCAUCUUUUCAUUUCGCGGAGCACUUUAAAAAGAUUGGAAUGAGUGAUUUCAAUGGCCCAUGGGAAUUUUGGUGCAAGUUGUUUAUAGAAGGAAAUGCAGGUAAGUCAGUCAAAUAUAUCUGAACAAAAACUUUUGUCGCAUUUUUAGGAAGAAGCACUUCUUAAUCCCGGUUUCCAUAGCGAUUAUAUUGAAACCACUCUUCAGGGAUCGAUCGUUUUCUAUCUCAUAUGAUGUCUAUAAAGCUAUAAUUUUUCAAAACCCUCCCGGUCUCUUAUUCGAAAUAUCUCCAGUAAAAUAACUCAGGUAACUUAGUCUCGGGGAUUAUUCAAAAAUAUCAUCUUCGCAUUAAGCGAAUAAUCGUCAAAUAUAGGCAUUAUAUAAAACGUAACGAACCAAAGACGACAAGUCCAAAGACUACUGCAAAGCAGAUUCAUAACAACGUGUAUUGUUUUUUUAUAACAAUAUUUCGGCAGGCCAUACCAGCCUUCUUCAGGUUUACAGAAGGCUGGUAUGGCCAGCCGAAAUAUUCCCUCUGACUCUUCCAGUGAAGUCGAAGCUGUAUCAGCCAUGCAGAAGUGCAUCUGCGAUGUCCCAGCAUGGAUGAGGAAGGAUCAGCUGAUGCUCAAUGAUGACAAGACUGAGUUCCUGAUUGUAGGUACUCGUCAGCAGCUCUCAAAAGUUUCAAUCCAAAGCAUCAAGAUUGGGCAGGCUGAAGUCUCUCCUGUAGCCUCUGCGCGCAAUUUAGGCACAUGGUUCGAUACGCAACAAAUAACAAAUAGCUAAUUAUAUAAAAAUCACUUUUCUGUUUAUAGAUUAUGAUCUCAACAUUUUUUGAUGACGUCAACUCUAGGAAAUUCUGACGGCACUUGCUCCUUACCAGCUACAAAUAAACUAUGACAUCAUCCUACCUAUAUGACAUGCAUGACGUCAGCCAGCUAAAAAUAAACUAUCACAUCAUCCUAUCUUAAUGGCAUGCGUGACGUCAUCGGUAUUAUUUAAAGUAUGACAUCAUCCUAUCUAAAUAAGAUGCAUGACGUCAUCUGCGUUAAUUUAUACCACUCAAAAAGUUAAUUAAAUCCACAAAGAAAAGGUUAAAUCGGUGCCUUAUCCACUACUCGCAUCUAGAUAUGGGAACUCACAUUACAAAGACUAGUUCAUGCUUUUAUCAGUAGUAGAUUGGAUUAUUGUAAUAGCCUUCUGUAUGGAAUCCCGGAAUAUCAGACUAUGAAAUUGCAACGUGUUAUGAAUGCGAGUGCAAGACUUAUAUAUCGUGCGCACAAGUUCUGUCAUAUAACACCUCUACUCGCAGGAUUACAUUGGUUACCAGUGCGCUCCAGGAUACAUUAUAAGAUACUCUUGAUAACUUUUAAAAGUUUGCAUGGCCUAUCACCUAAGUACCUUUCAGAUUUUAUUAGUAUUCAACAGCCUUCGUCCUACCAUUUGAGGCCCAACGACAAUGGUCGUUUGUUGGAAAGACCAAAUGUGAAAACCAAGAAAACAUUGGGAGACAGAGCUUUCAAGGUAGCUGCUCCUUUUCUAUGGAAUAAGCUGCCAAGGUCCGCGCGCGAAGCAACGAACUUAUAAUCUUUUAAGACUUUCAUUAAGACAUUUUUAUUUAAGGAAUCAUUUCUGUCAGUUAUCUUAUUAUAUCUAUAUCUUUAUUUGUAAUUAUCUUUUACUCAUUUAAUGUAAAUAUUUUUUAUGAUUUUGAUAGAAAGAUUUGUAAAAUUUAGUUAUUAAUUACUGUUGGGAUGCGCUUUUGAAUAUUUUAUAGAAAAGGCGCAAUACAAAUAAUAAAUGUUAUUGUUAUUGUUAAAUAUUGUUAUGAAAAAACAAUACACGUUGUUAUGAAUCAGCUUUGCAGUAGUCUUUGGACUUGUCGUCUUUGGUUCUUUAUAUUUUGGCUGAUUAGAUCUCUUUUCUAGAGAUCCAACGUUUUUAACUAGCAGGAUCUUCGUCCACGGUUUUUGCAUUUAAUUUAAUCCUUUAUAAUAUAAAACAUAGCCUGCGUAGCAGGCGUCGAAAGGGGUUGGGGAUAGCGAGGAAGGGAAAUAGGGAGGGUCCACGCAGGCUAUAUAUUCACACCAUAAUGCCAAUUUUGUUUUGUGAAGUUAACGCCUGGAAUGAUCAUGUUCUUGGUUGGUGGAAACAUAAGGAUGAUCCUAAUGUCUUGUUUCUCAAAUAUGAAGAUUUGCACAAGGUAAUGUUCUCUUACAAUAAUAACUCGAUAACUCUUCGCUCGGUGGCUAUUUUGAUAUCUUAUACGCCUGCCGGAGAUUGAAUCCUGAGUAUGUAAGCGGGUGGAGGGAAGUCAAGACAUAGAGGAUAUUAAACGGUGGCGCGAAGAUAUGAAUUUUAUUUUCGAUUGGCAAAACAGUAUUUUACGAACGAGCGCAGUGAGUGAGUAAAAUAUUGUUUUUGCCACGAGAAAAUAAAAUUCAUAUCUCCAAGCCGCCGUGUAAUGUUCUUUUUAUUAUACAGACAAAAAGACAUCGAUAAAAUAAUAGAUUUUUAAUCGCCAAAAAGUAAUGUAACGGCUCAAAUUUACAGUACAGCGAUAUAAGGCAUUGUUUACAAUAAUAUUGAGAAAUAACACUGAGAUGAAUAGGACUCUACAUUGACAAAAUAUAAGCAGCUUUGAAAAAUGUGUACGUAAAAUUCAAAAAAAUGAUAUAAAAGAUAAUUUCUGAGGGAAAUUACCGAAAUUACGUCAUCAAUAAACUCAGGUGUGAGAUUGUGGAAAAUAAACCACUCGGGGUCCGGAUGUAGUUUUUUGUAAAUGUUACGAGUGGUAUAUUUUCCAGUAAAACACUCGUGUCUAUAUAAUAAAAGACAAUAUUUAAUAUUUAUAUUUCUUUCAGUUUCUCAGGAUCAACUCGGGAAGAGUUUGGUCGGGGCAUUCCACUUUGGGCUAGGCUCGAUUUCCCGGGGGGUACUCCCUAUAAUUGCCUGUACGGGGAGGCUCCACCCGAAAGGGGUGCCUUUUUUACGCGUCAGGUAUAUAAAAGGGUAGGGAUUUCACUGGUAAGUUCGCAAGCAAUCAAGAGGGUUGGACCUCGGGGCGGAGCCUCCCCGUAUAAAACUUUGUUAUCCCCCCGUGCUCAAUUACCAGCCGCUGUUUGAGAAAUGUGAGAGCGGCGGAAAUGGAGCCUAACUUUGGUUACAAUUUUAGAAGGCCUUGCAAUGGAAUGAUUCGCUUUUGUAGGAAAAGGCCAAUAUUUAAUGAAGAAACUCUUUGAGGAUUUUGAAACGCUCGAAUAGUCAAGAUAAUAUAAUGAAUCGAAGUAAAAUUCUCGACUAAACACGUCCUGCGAGAAAAGUAGUGUUUGCUUCUCUCAAAUUUAUUCUUUUAGAAUCUUAGGGAGAUAGUUGAUAAUAAACGUUUUUAAUCUUUAAGUUAUCUAAGUCAUCCAUAAUGAACACCCCAGCCGAAAAUAUCGAUACCGCGACCUUAAACUACGACCGCGUUAAAAAGAAAUAACUAUAUAUGUCUAUGGAGGAGUUUCUAGGGAAUUACAUCCCUGUCCGGGACUCAGAUCGUUUUUCUUUGUCCCCUACGUAACAUCGCAAAUUUUCUGUUUCAUUUGAACUAAAAUUAAUUAAAUAACUUAAAAAAACUAAUCAACUUCCUCUGAACCUCAAUGAAAAUUAAAUCUAAACAAUACAACUGUCAUUCCUCCUAGGAUCUACCGUCCCAUGUACGAAUAAUUGCGAAUUUCCUGAACAAGCCGCUCUCAGAUGAACUCAUCAAUCGUAUUGCAGAGCAGUGCACUUUCAAGGGAAUGAAAGAAAAUGAGAAGAGCUACAAGGCAAGGGACGACGUUCAGAGUUCGCCGUUGUUACGGAAAGGCGUGGUCGGAGGUUGGAAGAGUUACUUCACUCCAGAACUGAAUGAGAGAUUUGAAAAGGAAGUGUUGGGAAAAAUAAAAGGAACUGGAUUAGAGUUUGAUUUUGAGAUAUAG